AUGAGUCUGACAGCAGCGAUGAGAGCAUAUGUUGUCUUCCUUCUCCUCAUACAAGGUAAUCGGUUUUAUUUAUUUUCUUUACACCUUUAAACUCACUGGAAGUCGUUGUUUUGAACUGCAGACAAAAUAUGUCGUGUGUAAUGUUUUACUGUCUUUACAGCAUCAAAAAUUCACUCUUCCUGUAAACUUAUGUGCUUACAAGAUGUUCAGAAAAUACGUUUUCCAGAAAAUAUUCAGCUUUAAGUGAACUGUUUGAUAUGAAACUGAUCAUUAUGCAAUCUUAGCUUCAGUCAGAGUCUAAUUUUCAUAAUUCGAACAAGAAACACAACAUUAACACAACAUGCAAUCGUUUUUAUUGAUCUAAUACCAAUAACCGUCAGAAAUGAGUUCAAACUGUUAACAUUUCUACUUUGAACAAAUUGCAGAUAUUUUUCAGACAACACAGCACCUUUUUAAUGUCUUUCAGCUCCUUGUUUUGGUUUUUCUACAUUCAAACCAUGCUGGUUGGUUAGCAGAGGUGAAGAGCUUCCUUAAAUGUUUCGUGGAAAGUUUUUAGCGGGUUAUGAAGCUGACUGCUGUCUCUGCAGACAGUCAAUGUACUUUCUUUUAAUGCCUGAAAUUUUGGUGUGAAGUAGCUGUCAGUCCAAGUGAUUUACAGCUCUGUUUAGUCUUUGUACUUCAAACAGCAAAUGGUGAGAAAUAUCAAUCAGUCAAUCUUUAUUUAUUCACUUAGCAAGUGUUAUCCAAGGACGCUCAACAAUGAAGCUAGUCCAGACCAGACUCUGUUUACAAAGACCUAAUGAAUAGGUGGGAUCAGACCUCAGUGUUUCCCCUAUAGUGCACCCAACAAGAUCCCAACCCUGAAAUUCAAGUUGCAGAUUAAUGUUAAAUUUUUAUUUUAAUCAAAACGGCCUGUAAAAUAUAAUUUGCUUGAUUUCAGACUCUAAAGCUCACAAUCGUUUCAUUACUUUCAGGAAAAAUGUAUCUCUCCACUCCUCUGCGCUGGGCCCUCCACUCGCUCCUCUCUCUAUCUUACAACAUACACACAUGCGGAUAUGUCGCGCUGCGUAGUUCAGAGGCCACACCCACUGAUUCUGGUGUUCUAGCUGGAGUGCUUGCUGCCCAUACUCUGCCAGUUUUGCGAAGAAUGGUUUUGACAACCCAGGGUUCUGUCCAUCGUGUUUGCCGCCAACAAAACAAUAAAAAAACAUUCCGCAGCCCAACUGAAAUAUCCACAUUCUUCAACUUAUUGAUGCGAGCGCUGCACAUUCUAAUGUGGAUGCUAGCUUUAGCAUGUCUUCCAGCCCUGAAAACAGAGCUGGCUCAUCUCCUGCCACCCAUACGUCAUACGGGGUGGUAUAUGUCUACGUCAUAUGCCACCAAAAUGCAAAAUGGAAAUGUUCAAGCUAAAAUGUUGAAGAGUACAACUUGCUAAUACAUUUAAAUUUGAGGGGUAUUAUUAGGUGGAUAGAUGUUCAGAAAAGUGACGUUUUUCAAAGUACUACAGAGCUCUGAGGCUGAAACAUGUCGAAUGUUCAUGCUAAAAUCUCUCCUGUGCACUGACAACCGUUUGCAGACUUUGAUGCAAGCCCAAACUGCAGCUGUUAAUUUCCUCUGCUAAUACCAGUAUUUCCUGUUGCUAUACUCUGAACAGUGAAUCUUGCGUCAAGAAGAGCCAAUAAUAAUUGUGGUUACAUGUACAGUAAAACCCAAAACCAAGAGGAAGAAAUCCAUCUCAUUCAGGAACUUUUUCUAUGUCUUCAACUUCCCCAGAGGUCAGAUAUAAUCAGAGGAAUUAUUAAAAACAUAAUUAUCCUCCAUUUUUGUCUUUCUUCUGUCCGUUAUCUUCUUUUCACACUUGUUGCCCACACACACUCUCUCUCAGAAGUUUCCACUCACACCCUGCUGCAGCCUCACCACAGACAGGAAACCGACCAAGCAAAGACGACAUCUCUCUGUUCAAGUCUGUUUUACAUACAAAGUGUUAGUCUCUAAAGGUUCUCACUGUACCCUCUCUAUGUUGUUCUGGUUCAGUGAAUUAAUAGAUGAGAUGGAAACAUUUGUGCACCUUUGUGUCUCUUUAAAGUAGACCUUAAAAACUCACAGAUUUCUAUUCCCUUUUUAUGAAUAUGUGCGUACAAAUGCAAACCCUUCAGUCACUAUCAUUCCACUACUGUAGCAUCCUUUUUGAUUAUAGUCUGGCUCUCUGAUUGAGGGUCAGGGCCCAAGAGUUGUGCUUUAUAAAUGAGACCUAGGUCCUUCUCCAGAAACCUGAAGUCUGAAACACUCCCCAGACCGUUCCCAGUCAUGUAAACGGGAAGUGGAUCAGAAUUCUUCUUCCUUGGCUAAAGUAAAUGUACUCGGGGUAGGGCUGCAUGAUUUUGGCCAAAAAUAAUAUCCAGAUUUUUUUUCUCUAAAAACUCAAUUUUUGAUCUUCUAUUUAGUGACAACUUUACCAACCUUCACUUUGAUAAAAAGUUUUUCCAUCGUCUCUCAAAAACGAAACCACUGAAAACGAUAUAGUGCAUGUGCCAAAACUGUGGUGCUGUAACGCGCAGGCGCCAUAAAAGAGGUGCUGUGUGUCACAUAAUCAUUUCCAGAGAUGCAGAUAGACAUCCAAACAGAGAUGAAAUGGUCGUCGUUCACCGAUUUAUGCACUGUCUGACCCGUUUUCAAAAAGUACCUUUUACAGCCAUACCAGUUCAAUAUGACUGAGUUGUUCCUGUUCAAUUUAGCCACGAAAUUAUCGCCUCUGAUUUCAAACGCCAUGUUUGUGUACACUGGUGUGUGUGGGAAUUGGGGAGCGCUCUGCAGAAUGGGGGAGGCUACGGUGGUAUGAAGGCGCGAGACAUGAUAGAGAGGAAAAUCAAUUUGAGGAUUUUAAUUUUUUUUAACAUUGUCAUGAUCAAACAAUCCGAUUAUGAUUUAAAAUCGAGUAAUCAUGCAGUCCUAAUUCAGGAUCAGGCUGUACUGCUUGCACCGUGCUGACACCCUCUGAACCCUAUCCCUGUCUCUUCCAGAGAUUGACCACAGCUCUGUUAUGUACAGGUUUGCUCAGAUUGUGGUUUCUGGUUGGUCAGAGUCGACCUUAAAAAGGAUUUUAGGCUGAUUACCAAACGUGAAACCCAAAACUGUUUGGUAUGAUGACAAAACAAAUUACACAGAUUGGCUAAAACAUAAAAAUCUGCUGAAUCAGAUUAAUUUAAUUACAAUCUCCUGCAACAAAACAACCUGUUACAGUAAUCGUACCUUUAUCAUUGGCAACUUCUCUAUGAACAACUCAGUUUCCUGCUGCUGUUUUUAAUCUGUGUGUCCUGGUGUGCUCUGUGUUUCAGUGGUUCAGGGUCAGUAUAACUGGGGAGUGACUUACACCUCUAGUGAUAUCUGUGCCCCAGAAGGAUCAGCAGUGGUUCUAAGCUGCUCCUACAAACACCCGUCCAUGACAAAUGGACAACAGUUAACAGUCCAGGAAUCUUUCUGGUAUAAGGUGAAGUAUGGAGCAUCUGGAGAUCUGAUGACAGACUCUGAGUACAGAGGUCGUGUGACUUACAGAUGUCAAGAGAAGACCUGCAAUCUGACAAUCACAGACCUGAGACAGAGUGACUCAGCUCAGUACAAGUUCAGGUUUACCACAAACCAACCUGGUGGGACAUAUACUGGUUAUCCUGGAGUCACUUUGACCGUCACAGGUGAGGUUUUCAUCCAUAUGAUAAUUAUAUGAAAUCCACGACAUAGUGCUGGUGGCAUUUCACAGCUGUGUUUUAAAUUGUACAUCCUGAUAUCAUCACCACUCCAAGUAUCAACACAUCAUCAUACACAUAGAACCGCCAUAUCAUCAUCAGCACCGCUGUCAGCCUCAUCACCAUCAUCACUGUCACCAUCUUUAACUCUAAACCACCAACUACUGAGUCAUUCCCAAAGGGCCGCGUCAGAAACUGUCUCUGAAGUAGAAGGGGACCGUUGACAUCAAAGUGAUUGUAACAGUCAGUCUAUCACUGGAGAUAUAGGUGUCCCCUAAAGCCCUGAGUCAGCAGUUUUUCCUCAAAGGUAGAGAGGGACUCUGUAGAUCAAAUAGAGUUUGGUAAAUCAUCCCACCACCAAAGGCUGACAGAGGAGAAAAGUCUGGCUGGUGACUUGGAGCCCUGUUGUGAUGGGAUCAUCAAGUACCUUUCAUUGGCAGAGAGGGAGUGUAGACCCUAAUGAGGGAUUUCAGGUAGACAGGACCGUGAAAUAUGGUUUUGAAUGUGAUAUCAGCUGCAGCAGGAAACCAGUGAAGAGGGUUGAACAGCAGUGACGUGCUGACGGGUUGCUGCGUCCUGGAUCAUGUGCAAAAGUCUAACUGUGCACACAGGGAGGCCUGCCAGAGGCAGUCAUCAAUUUGUGAUAUCAAAAGAGCCCGUAUCAGAGGCUGUCAGGUGGGGUCUGACCCUCCUGAUGUUGUAGAGGGAGAAUCAACAGGACCAAGAAACUGAUGCAACAUGAACCUUACAGGUCAAUUGGACAUCAAUCAUGUCACCCAGAUUCAGAGCAGGCCUAAAGGACACAAGUUCAUCUGGUCCACCUAGAUCCUGACAGGAAGCUCAGUAUUGGACAGGUCAAGCUGUAAGUGGUAUUCCUUCAACUGAGGCAGGAUGAACUUUGGACUGAGACUGUUGUGUUGUCUGGACUGACAGAAUGACAGAAAGAGCUGGGUAUCAUCUGCACAGCAAGGGAAAUGAGAAACCAUGAGAUCUGAGACGGUGAUUACAGAGAAACGGAGGGGACUAAGCACUGACCCUUGAGGCACCCCUGUUGUUAAGUAAUGCAGUUUAGACACUUCUUAACUCCAUGAAAGAUCUCAGUGGUAAAACACAAACCACUGGAGGGAAGAUCCUGAAGUUUGGUGAGUGUAGAGAGGAGGAUUUGGUGGUUCACUGUCUCAAACACAGCAGGCAGAUCCAGAAACAAUCGAACUGAGGACUGACCUGCAGCUUUCACCAAAUUGCAGAGAUUCUGUUACCAACAGAGGUGCAGUUUUAGUGGAGGAGCCUCAUCUAAAGCCUGACUGAUUUAGAUCAAACUGCAGUCGUUGUUCAUGAGUUUAAAAACCAAAUUAAAGACUGUGCACUCAAGAACUUUAGACAGAAAAGGCAGAAGUGAAACUGGCCUGUAAUUGUCAACCUGGGCGGGGUUUUUAUAAGCAAGUGUUUGAAGACUGAGGGGAGAAAAACAGAUGAAAGACAGGAGAGUGUGAUUUGGGUGAACAUGUCUGGAGUCAGUGGGGCAGUAGUGAUGAUACUUUUGUGUACUUCCAUGUGUUUGUCUACAGUGUCCUGUAAAAUAUCUAACUGUUCUCUCUUCAGGUCUCCAGGUGAGCAAAGGUUAUUCAUCUCUGUCUUCCCAGAGCAGUUGUCCUCAACCUUCUCAGCUCUCCUACAUCUGGUACAAAAAUGGAGAAGAAAUUCGAGGAAAAACUUCAUACUAUUAUUCAGACUACUUAAGCUCUUCAGACAGUUAUUCCUGUGCUUUACAAGGAUAUCCGGAUUUCCCCUCUCCUCCAUUCUGUGAGUUUAAUUAAAAAUCUGCCUGACAGCAUCUGAUGAUCGUGACUUCAAUCGUAACUCUGUCCAUGUAGAUUCUCAUUCAUCCAGGUCAUGGUUUUCUUGAAGACUUAAAAACAGGCAACUGGACUGUGUAGAGUUGAGAAGCCUUCAAUCGUAACUGCUGAACAAUUAUGAUGAUCAAUGUCUUUCUUUCAUCUAGGUGUCAAUAAUGAUCGGUGUAACAGAGUGACGUACACUAAAAGGAAAAUCUGUGCCUUCAGAGGAUCAUCAGUGGACAUUUCUUGUACUUACAGCAGUAAUACUUGGAUCAAUUCAAAGUUCUGGUUCAGAUCUGGACUUCCUCAGGAUCAUCCUCGGGACCUAAAAGAAGACUCCCGGUAUUCAGGCCGUGUUUCAGUUUCUGAAUCAUGGGGAGGACGCUCCACUCUGAGGAUCUCUGACCUGAAAGAUACCGACUCAGCAGAAUAUCGAUUCAGAUUCACUUCAGAGUACUUUGAAUGGAGGAGCAGGUUACACGGUACAACUCUGACUGUCACAGGUACUUAUUAACACAAACUGACUGAAACACACCGACACAGCACCUUUCUUUUGAUUUUGAUUUUUUAUUUGAGCAAACCAUCUUUUUAGAGCAGCAGGACAGCGAACGGACAAACAGGAGAACUACAAAAUGCAAAUAGUCCGUACCUAUUUGUUGUCAAGAUAUUGUUUUCUUAAAAAAACCUAAGUGAAGCUUUUUUCCACCUCUAAAUGAGCAGGUCAACACACCUUCCUGUGAAGAAUAAAUCCCAGAACUAAGUCAUGUUGUGGACACAGAUUUUUAAGUAUAUUUUCUUUGACUUUCAGGUUUUGCAACUGUCAGAAUAUUACCUGGCUUCAACCAUUGAUUACUAAACCAGAGACGCUGACACUGUUUCUUGUUCUCUUGUGCAGCUUUACAGGUUCAGGUGAAGAAGAUCACAGGGACUUACAGGGUACAGCUGAGGUGUCUCAGCAGCAGCUGCAGUCCAGCUGAUCGUCUUUCAUACGUCUGGAACAGCAAUAGACGGACUAUCAGUGAGAAGACGUCUUCUUUGACAGUCUGGUUUUCUCUUGGAGAAGAAAUCUCCUGUGCUUUAAAAGGACACGAAAGAUUCCCCUCUCCACCAGUGUGUGAGUUUACCUUUACCACUGUCAGCACUGCACAACACUACUCCAAUAAUUUGAGUCAAAGUAGAACAAAAGUAUGGUGGCCAGGAAGUGUCAGGCAAUUUAAAUAUUCAAAAUACUUUGCAAAAGGAAAAACACAAAUGCAAAUAAAGAUACCAGAAGUGAUCUUGUAGCGAAUCAGAAAUGAGCAAACUACCGCUCAUUGUUGGAGUUGGAAAAAGUAAGAAAACUAAAGUUUGCAAAAUGAUAUAUAUAUAUAUGUCAAAGAGGAAUUUCCCCUCAAAUUUAAAAUGUAUUGGAUUUCCCUUUGGGGAUCAGCAAAGUUCUUCUUCUAGUUUACUUACUUUUUUUGAUUUUUCAGACUUUCCAUCCCCAACGUGUCCAUCAGUUAUAAUAGUCCAACAGAACCACUGGUGGUAGUUUGCCCUUUUCUAAUUCCGCUGCAAGAUUACUUCUGGUGUUAUUUUUUUGUGUUGCGGCUGUUUGCAUUCAUGUUUUUCUCUUUUGCAAAGCGUUUUGAAUUUGCAUGACACUUUCUGGCCACCGUACAAAAGGUCUCCUUAAAACAAACACUCAUAGGUGAUAAAGACUACUUCUCCAAGUAAUGCAAGUUGAAAUCUUCCUCAGAUGCUCCAAAGGAUCCUUCAGUGUCCUCUGACUCCUCUGCUGAGAUAGUGGAAGAGGGUUCAGUGACUCUGACCUGCAGCAGUGAUGCUAACCCAGUAGCUAACUUCACCUGGUACAAGAGGAACAAAGAUUCAGACUCUCAACCUUUCAGAUUAGGAGCUCAGCUGGUCUUCAGCUCCAUCCAGCCCUCUGACUCUGGAGAGUUUUACUGUGAAGCUGAGAACCAGCUGGGAAAGAGGAGAUCAGAGCCCUUCAUCCUCGAUGUGAAAUGUGAGUCAUAAAUGACCAAAAAUCUUCAUCUGUCUCUGUCUCUGAAGACGUUAUUUCUGAUGAUUUCUGCAGCUUUCACGCUCAACCUUCACAACAUCAACUCACUGAGAGGCUGUGGAAAGAUUUUUUCAUAUUGUGUCCUCAAUCAGCCCUUCCAAACGUCCAAAAUUUCUCUUACUGUGUCACCAAUAACACCUUUAAAUGAUAAAAUAAGCUCAAACUGUCCACACAGGUGCCAGAAUUGACUCACCCUCAAAGCUUUAAGAUAAGUCACGAAGACUCAGCCCUUUGUUACAGUCCUUAUCAUUUCCACAUAGAUGCACAAGGUACUUUUUGAGUCAUAGUAAGAUUCUAUGUUUGUUUGUUUAUUUAGCACAGAUUAAAAACAGUACAAGGAGGGAACGAAGCCGAUCAGCUUAUACAAAUAUGUUAGCCCACUGUGGAAAUAUAAGACACUCAGAGAACGUGCUCCAAGAGAAAGAUAUGAUUAAAGCCUGCUGCUAAAACAGCUGAUGCCUCAAAGUCCUGUUACCAAAGACCGAUGAACUUUUUGUUUUUGUGAUCCAGAUGCUCCAAAGGUUCCUUCAGUGUCCACGAAGGGGGAGACGGUGGAGGGCAGUCCAGUGACUCUGACUUGCAAGAGCGAUGCUAAUCCAGAAGCUACUAACACCUGGUACAAAGAGGACCACAUGCUUCCUCAAGGACAAAAUGGCAUUUAUUCUUUUCCCUCUAUUAGAUCCAAUGACAGUGGGAUCUACUUCUGCAUGUCUAAGAACAAUCAUGGCCAGAACUCUACAUCUGUUCACAUAGAUGUCCAGUGUAAGUAAAUCAUUUGGAGACUACUUUAAUGUCGUCAACUUUUUCCCUCAUGAUGAUCAUAAAAGCAUAUUUUCAGAGAGUAAGAAGAUCAUACAGGUGGAUGGGUGAAGUGCAAAGUCCACCUGGAGCUGGACUGAAGUAGUCUGGGUUCCAAGGGAAAGAUAAUUAAAGCCUGCUGCGAAAACAGCUGAUGCCUCAAAGUCCUGUUACCAAAGACUGAUGAACUUUUUGUUUUUGUGAUCCAGAUGCUCCAAAGGUUCAUUCAGUGUCCAUGAUGGGGGAGACAGUGGAGGGCAGUCCAGUGAUUCUGAAUUGCACGAGCGAUGCUAAUCCAAAAGCAACUAACACCUGGUACAAAGAGGACCACAUGCUUCCUCAAGGACAAAAAGGCAUUUAUUCUUUCCCCUCUAUUAGAUCCAAUGACAGUGGGAUCUACUUCUGCAUGUCUAAGAACAAUCAGCAGAGGGCGCCUUAACUCCACCGUGACUUUGGUCGUUGUCUCCAGUGAGUCUUGUUUUUUUAUUUAAUACACACACUUUCACUUGUGAUCUUAAAUAUCCAUGUUAACAAACCCAAUCAAUUCCAGCAUGCCUCAGUUAUGCUACCUCGCUAGAAGCCUCAUCACCAAAAAUAUACAACUCAAUUGCUAUUACUGCGUUCCGGUUAUCUCUGAGGUUGGAUGUCAGAGAAGGGAAUGACCUCGACCAGAAAUGAUAGUAUUCUCGUAAACAACUCGGAAAACCAGGAUGGAUGCUUACUGUUGUAACGUUCAGCUAUUGUUAGCUAUUCUUAGAUGUUGUUAGCUAUUCUUAGCCGCUUUUAGCUGUUGUUAGCCAUUGUUAGCUGUUGUUAGACGUUGUUACCAGUUAAAAAAAACGCAUACCAUGGUACACUCAUGCAAACACCAUAGUACCAUGUUCACAGUUAGAUGUUGGACAGUGCUACAUCAACCACUUAUUCAAUUAAAAAACAAACAAACAGAAGUGCUAAUAAGUAAUAAUACAUUAUGAGAGCUUCAACUAUUACUGUUUACCGUUGAUGCAUGGUGCUGCCAUCUUGGAUUAUGAUAGACCAUAGACUGUAUAUAAAAUGGACGCCAUCUGCCUCCUCUCUUGGUGAAGCCACUCCGAGAACAGCGCCCUCUGGUGACGGGCUGCUGUACAGGUCAUAAACCCCGCCUCCUUAUGGAGCUGUGGACAAACUUUAUAAAUGAAUGACACAGAAUAUAAAUGUUUCUCCCCCCUGGUUGUGAUGUUGACAUGUAGUUACUGUCAGACUAGUUUGUGCUCAAGUCCUCUUUUUUCUGUACAGCUCCAUUUUUAAAAGUUAUUAGGGGGUUCCUGUUUUCGAUGAUUGACACCUGAUACAGCCUAUGGGCGUUCAGGGAUUGCUUAGCUCACCCAGUUCCAGGAAAUGAAGAAAAAUCCCAGAAAUAUCAAGAGCUUUUUGGCUUCAAAUCCGUAUACAGGCGGGAGGCUGAACCAAGUUGUCCAUAGUAUAUACAGUCUUUGAUGUAGACUCCUCAUUCCAUGCUGGAGAGUAACCCAGCGUUGCCGCCAUAUUGGAUGAGUCUCCUCAUGUUAGGCUCACAUCAGAGCGAACGGUCAUCAGUGAAAAAUCAGAACUAUGCCUGUAUUCGUGCAGCAAAACCAACUCUGUUAUGAAACCAGAUCACAGAGGAUUACCUUACACAGGUAAAAAAUUGUUUGUUUCUAAUGUGCGACAGUGUCCUGUAUCACAGCUACAUCCCUGCCGUUUGUAACAAACCAAAUCAUGUGAAAAUUGGGUAAAAAUUCAAGGAGUAAUGAUCGAUACAAGAUGGGGGCCAUGUUGAUUCAUCAACUCCAUUAGUCUCAGUCUAUGCAGAUCUAUGUAUAUUAUAUCUACAGACAAUUCAGCAGAGUGUUACUAAUGAAUUUACAAUUUCCCAGUUCAACUGGAUUGCAGCAUAAAUGACUAAUUAAACUUGUAUUUGAUUACACUGACAGUGACACUCAUUACUAACAGCUUCCAACAUUGUCACCCUCCUCAUGUUCCUGAUGUAUUGGUUUUCCAGGUUCAGUGAAAUCAGUAGCAGUUGGAUCGAUCACUGCUAUUUUACUAGUCAUCUUUGUCCUCUUAAUUGUCCUUUUUAUAAGGUGAGAGCUCCACUUUGUUGUUUUUUUUCCAGUGAUCAAGUUUAAAUUCAGUUUGAUAGAUGAAUAUUUUAUUUAUUUGUUAUAUCCAGAAGGCAGAGAUCCUCAAAAGGCAAAAACAAACCUGGAGGAAGGCCGGGCAGUGAAAGACAGGUAAGAACGAACAGUUCAGGUGUUACUUUGAACAGCACUUCAUGACUAUUUGGAUUCAUUUCACAUUCAUGUCUUUGUUUUGACCUGCUGCUUGGUGUCAUUAAGGGACAUCAACAGUAACAGUUGCACUUCCUUAAACGGUUUUGACCCAUUUGUAGCUGGGAAUAUUUGUGGACAUCCUGACUGUGAAAUCACAGAGAGAUCAGGAAACCCUUAAACUGUCUAUACUUGUUUUAACAAAAUUUGUGUCCACAACAGACUGAAUCAGUUACCUUAGUGAUACAUUAUCUGCUUUUCAGCUCAACGUGGCAUCAGCUGAUGAAAACUCUUCAGCUUCCCAAAGACAAGCAGCAGAGGAUCAGGAUGACCUUUGUUACACCAGCGUACGCUUCGCCAAAAAACAGGAAGAACCUCUCUACUCCAACAUUUCACUAGCUAAACCACACAGACCCAAGAGAAAAGAGGAGGAGGAGGAAGAGGAGGAGGAGGAAGAUGAUGUGGAAUACAGUAUAGUCAUCAGUAAGACAGAGUAAGUCCAUGUGACAGGUUUGAAGGAGUGUGUUGAAUUCUAACUCAGUCUUUACAAUGUGAGGAUAUCAGAUCUUUAUGUUUUUAAAAUUCACAGAUCAAGAAACGGAGGAGCUGAGGAGGACUCUUCUGCAGUAUACAGCUCAGUCAUGAAAACACCAAGAGUGUGAACACGGGUCUGCGGUUUAUUGCUUCAGACCGUCAAAGGAGAUGUUCAAACACAUUUCUCAAGACUGUCUAGGUCAAUAUUGCACAACAAAAAUCAUCAAACACAAAGAAUCAGCAGACCUAUCCUCGUCGUCAUCAUCAUCAUCAUCAUCAGGAUUGUUUGGGAGCAUUUUUUCACAUAUUUGAUAUUUCUGCAAAGGCGUUCGCCACAAGAUUUAUAAAACUACGUAAACUGGAACAAAUUUCAACAUCCAAAUGGCCAAACAAGUUUGAAAGUGAGACUUCUGGUUUCCUCUUUGCAUGCUGUAGUUGUAACCUAAUUUGUGGAUGCAGUGAUGAUCUGUGUUCCCAAUGGACAAUGGUUUUUGGAAGUGUUUUCAGCCCGUGCAGUGAAUUCUACUGCAGAGUUCCCAAAGAAUAUGGCAGUAAACUCAGCUAUCAGUCUUGUUCUUUUUGGUCCUUUGUUCUAAAUCUUUCAAUUUUACUACAUUUUACUCUCAGGAACAUUAUUCUGAAACUGUUUAACUUUUAGCUAACACAGUCCCUCUCAGAGAGGUGAACCCCUUCCCAUCUUUCCCCCUGAGAGACUCAUCCUCUCUGAAUGUCCUUUUUAUAGCUUUUUAAUUUUUGUUGCUGACAAAUAAAAAAUGAGGAUAUGUUAUAAAACAAUCAAACUUGUUCAAUUUUAACAUUUGAUAUUCUUUCAUUGCUCUCUUUCCAGUUAAAUAAAAGGUUUUAGUGACUUGUAAUUAAUAAAAACCUGUCUUUAUGAACAUCUUGUCAACCUGUCAGAAUCGUGGUUGUCAAUAAAAAACAUGUAAAUAACCUAGCUCUAAAAAAGCGUCACUGCAGCUUUCAUAACCACGUGGGAGUUACCUAAUUUAUCUAAUAAGGAUGACAUCGCCAUCCCUCCUGACUAAAACCCAAUCAAGUGUUUCAAGUACAGACAGUAUGUCUGAAAAACUGCUGUUGGGUGCAUGUGUGAAAGAAAAACUCUUUAAAACAUCCAGAAUUUGUCAGGUUUUUAGGACUGAAAGGAAUUAUGAACUUCAGACAAACUGCAAUAAUCUCAAUAAACCCAGAUCCCUGAGUACGGAACUUCAUAUAAGCUAUUUUUAUCAUUUGCAUAACUGCAAGAACGGUUUCUUCUUUCCAACUGAGAGAUUUACAGUAACCUGUCUGUUCAUGCAUGUAAACUACACAAAGAGGAAGAAAGAUGGUGAGGCUUCAGAAAGCUUCAUGGCUAACAGAAGCUGACUGAGCGAAGAGAUAAAAAAAGUGUCUUACAAGACCACAUCCCUUUUUAAAGAUAUUUCAAACAGAGACAGUUUCUCCUGAUCAUGACUUUGCUGACUAAACAGAGGAAACAGAAGCAGCUAUGAGGCUGAAAACAGCAGACACUGGACUCCUUAUCUUUCUUCUCUUUGUACAAGGUAAUCAUCAUUUAAAUACUUGAUUCAUGAAUACUUAAAAAUACAAAAUACAACGUUUCUCGAUUCAAAUUAAACUAUAUAUCUGUUGUUUUGCUGAUCUUAUGACGUCAGAAAUUCACUUCUCUUCCUGUGACUUGAUGUGUUAACUGGAUGUUUGGCAGAAACUGAAUCACUAUUUUCUCUUCACAUAUUUAGUGAGAAUAUUUGACUUUGAAUCGACAACUUUAACUUUAGUUAGUCAGCAUUAGAGUCUAUUUAGAGACUAAUUCACACAAUCCACACAAGAAACACAACACUAACACGGCACGAGUUCCUAUCAAGUCAUCCAGGACACUAAAAACAGGUUUUUAAAGGUUUAAUAGGAUUUUAAAAUAAUCUUUAAUGAUUAAUGAUGUGUUCAUAUCAAGAGUAGGACAGAUAUGAGAGUACAAUGUUGAAAUUUCUGUUUUGUCUGCAUUAUUUGUUCAGAGUUACCACAGCUGCUUUCAGCUCUACGCGAGGAUUUUACCUUCUUGUUUUGGGUUUUCUUGCUAAAAAUGUUGCUGUUUUGUUUGGUUUGUUUCUCAGAGGGACCUCACAUGAUAGAAAGAGGAUUUAUCAAAGGUCCUGUGAGGAGUUUUUGCCUCGGAUCACUUUACAACUUGCAGAAAUAAGACCAAUAUAGCAGUUUAAAUUCAGAAUGAACGUCUAAACAUCAAUAUUCGGUAAUAAUCCUAAAAUAUGACAUUUAAAAAAUAUGAAGUUAAAAGUCAUGGAGGAAAAACCUGUGCUCUUUCAGGAACCCUGAUUUGUUUCUUUAGUAUCUCCAUUGAUCAGAAUUGAUUUACGAAACAUUAUCUGAACAUCUCUGGUCUCUGUUACUUCUCUUUUCUCUCCUCUGCUCAUCACACUUCUUGCCCACACUUAUUUUUUUCUGCAGUUUCCGUUGUCACACUGCUGCAGCCUCACCCUAAUUUCAGACAGGAAACCAAACAGACAAAACAGACUGUAAGACCAUCAUCUGGAAAAUUGAUGAUGGUGGUUUAAAUUAACAAAUAAUAAGAUGUCACAGAGUUUGGUUUCAAUGCAGCUGGCUUCACAUCAGCUAUAAAAUUCAACAAAAACAAACUUUUCUUAGAGUAUAAAUGAAUUUUUGCAUAAUCUGUGUGUCCUGGUGUGCUCUGUGUUUCAGUGGUUCAGAGUCAGUAUGGCUGGGGAGUGACUUACACCUCGACUAAUAUCUGUGCCCCAAAAGGAUCAACAGUGGUCCUAAGCUGCUCCUACAAACACCCGUCCACAAUAAAUAGACAACGGUUAAAAGUCCAGAAAACAUUCUGGUAUAAGGUGAAGUCUGGAGUCCAUGUAGAUUCUCAUCCAUUGAAGUCUGAAGAACCUGCAGAUCUGAACACAGACUCUGAGUACAGAGGUCGGGUGACUUACAGAUGGACAGAGAGGACCUGUAGUCUGACAAUCACAGACCUGAGACAGAGUGACUCAGCUGAGUACAGGUUCAGGUUCAUCACAAACCAAGAUACUGGGAAAUACUCUGGUGUGCCUGGAGUCACUUUGACUGUCGCAGGUGAGAUUUUCAUCCAUAUGACUUAAAAAAAGAAAGAAAAAUAAAACAUCUCUGACUGUCGUCUCCGUUCUCUCUCACAGAUCCACACCUUCAGGUAAAGGUGAGAGAUGUGAGGCGAAGUGGCAGGGCAGAUUUGCAGUGUGAGAGCAGCUGUCCUCUACCUCCUCAGUUUUCCUACAUCUGGUACAAAAAUGAAAAAGAAAUUCAAGGAAAAACUUCAUCUGUAUAUUUGGACUAUUUUAGCUCUGAAGACAGGUAUUCCUGUGCUGUUAAAGGACAUACAGAUUUCCCCUCUCCAUCAGUGUGUGAGUUUACCUUUACCACUUUCAUCACUUUUUUAGUCCAAGUAGAACAAAAGGUCUCCUGAAAUUAAAACAAACACUUGUAAGUGAUAAAAACUACUUCUCCAAGUAAUGCAAGUUGAAAUCUUCCUCAGAUGCUCCAAAGGACCCUUCAGUGUCCUCUGACUCCUCUGCUGAGAUAGUGGAAAGGAGUUCAGUGACUCUGACCUGCAGCAGUGAUGCUAACCCAGUAGCUAACUUCACCUGGUACAAGAAGAACAAAGAUUCAGACUCUCAACCUUUCAAUAAAGGAGCUCAGCUGGUCUUCAGCUCCAUCCAGUCCUCUGACUCUGGAGAGUUUUACUGUGAAGCUGAGAACCAGCUGGGAAAGAGGAGAUCAGAGCCCUUCAUCCUCGAUGUGAAAUGUGAGUCAUAAAUGAUCAAAAAUCUUUAUCUGUCCUGUCUGCAGCUUUUACACUCAAAAUUCACAGCUAUCUUCAUUCACUGAGCAGCUACACAGAGACUGUUUAAUGCCUUUAGACUGAUCACAACAAUGCUAUGACACCUACAAUCUCUCUAGGUUCAGAGAGCUGGUAAUAGUUAUCCAAACACGAUAGCAUGACGUUAACUGUUGACAGUUUAUUGCCACAGGUAGGUAAUAUUUUGAAGUAUAUGAAAAUGAAGGAUUCAAAAAAAUUCAAAAAUAGAGCUCUUUCAAAAAGGUUGAAAAAUAAUUAAAUACAUUUUAAAAGAAGGAAGUGUCCCUCCUUCUUUGUAGAAGGUCAGAGCUCAGUUCAGUUCUGUGUUUAAUGUGUGUCACGUUCUGAAUGGUUACUACCCAGGUAGAUUUUUGUGUUAUGAUCUUAUCUGUAUCAUGAAUGAAGUGAGAUGAUGUCUGAAGUUCCUCGGAGUGGAUCCCACGGUUGGCCAGACCCUGUACCGUUCAGUCUGGUUUGCUUGUCCCUUUUGGCUCGCCACCGAACCUCCUCGGUUCAGAAUCUGAAUCAGCAAACAAAAAACAGUCUUCGCAUAGAGUGCAGAACAAAUAACCAUUACUAUCUAUACAAAUCAUCUUUCUACUUUCACUCUAUACUCUAUUUCACUCUAUAUCUUCCAUAUCUAUACCCCGUUGUAGGAUGUACAGCAUUCAUAGCAUUGUUAAUUAGUCAGUAUUGUUUACAAUGCAGGAUAAGUAUUUCACCGUGACAAUUACCUAUCAUGAACCUAUUUCUUAACACAAAUGCACUAAUUUAGUGUUAAACAGAACAUCAAUAUUUAUCUUUACCAGUCUUUCUCCUAAAAUUUUUUAUAUGUGGGGGAUGGGUAAAGUUACAUUACGUUACCCACACUAGCUAUAUAGACGGCUUCAACUUUACCCUUCACAGUAAUGGAAGUCGAAAAUAACGUCGAGUAUUAUUGUUCUCACACCGUGCGAGCAGAAAUCAUUAUCGUCACAUUGAUACUAAUGCUACUCAUGCUACUAAUGUUCCUCUAUAUAUAGACUGUGUAUAAGCUUGUACGUUACCUUUCAUGUUGAUGGAAGAGGGUCCCACAGAAUUUGAUACGCUCGUUGAUGACUCAAAACAAGUUGAAAAUAACGUCGAGUGUUGUUGUGCUCACACAGUACAAGCAGAAAUCAUUAGUGGAUCAUUGAUAUUAAUAAUCAUGUGAAAUUUCAGUGGUGACGCACGUAAUGAAUGUAGGGGAAAACUUUUAUUAACCAUAAAUUAUAUCUCUUUGUAACUUUUUAAACUGUAAAUCAACAUUACUAAAUUAUUCUUUUCAACCAACAUGAACAUUUGAACAACUUCAAUACAGUAAAACACAUUAUGCACAGUAUUUUAAUCAAAAGACACUUUAACUAUCACAACUAGCAUCAUAUCAGAACAAAUAAACAUCACAUGUAAUCUGUUUCUCUCUCAUAGCCUACAGUAGCGUCAAUUUAGCUCAACCAGCUACACCAUUAGCAUUCCCAUUACAGGUAAUACCUGUAUUAGCAAAGCGGCGCUAGCCGCGUUUAGCAUUAGCUUCGCUCGCUAGCGAUUUUAUUACAGCUAUUUUCCAAAGUUCACAAUGCUACAGCAGGUACCACUGCGGAUUUAAAACAGUAAAAUAUCAGUGACUCCGACCGGUUUUAUGAAAAUACUUCCAUGAAAGGAACUUUCUCACAUCAUGCCUCUAUGAGAAAAACAUCAGCUAAGCUCGAGGCCUAGCCCCUUAGCAUGUAGCAUCUUUCUUACCGAGUUUUCACAGAGGCUCAACACGGUGAAACCGGCCCUGCUCUCUCUCUCUUUGUCUCACUCUCAGGACUUUUCCCCGGUUCGUCAGGACAGCUACUUAACGUGCAGGUGCUCUGGUCGGUUUACUUGUCUCCAAGUAAAAUGGCGCUCGCCUCGCACAGAGAUUAUGUUCAAUAUUCAUGACACUGAGCACAGGGCUGAUGAUGCGCCACUGUAAAGUGGGGCUAAGGUACUGUGUGACUUCAAUCACAUAAAUUGCUUCAGUAACCAUGUGGGUUACAGACUGUAGCUUCUAGCUUCCCUCUGUGUUGGUCAGUCACAGAGAAACUAGCAGAGAUGUUGCAUCUCCAGGACUACAAGGAUUUUAUUACUUCACCUCCAUUAACCCCGAGGACAGAGGGAUCUACUACUGUAUGUCCAAGAAUCAACAUGGACAGAUCAACUCCAUCUGUGUUGGUUGAUGUUCAGUGCAUGAUGCAUACUGAGAUGUAUUACUGUACGUCUUUAAUGAUAUUUGAGAUGUCUAACUACUGUACGGUAAAUGUCAAUUGUCCAUAGUCAAAUCAGAUUUUGCCAGCCAUCCUAACGCUUAACCUGAUUUCUUACUAAAACUUAUUGGACAUUAAGAAUAUAGACAAUACCUUCACAGUCAAUGGACAUAUCAGGAGUAAUAUAUAAUAAAAAGUGUCAAAUCUAAACAAAGUCAACUCUUGACUUCAUUUUAACAGGCAGAAACCUUGAGCAGAACCAGAGACAGUAGAAAGCACUCAUUUCCAAGACUUGGUGGGCUAAUAUGUGAUAUGAAAUAAGAGAUCAUAAGAAAAGAGACAAGUCUUUUUACUGUUUACACACUGGAAGUCUCAUAUUGCCUAUUUAAAAAUAGAGACCUAAUUCCCCAAAACUGAGAACACUUUGGUUUACUUCAUAUUACUGUAAAUUUCUUCCAAGAACUCAACCACGGGGAAGCUGUCACUGACUGAUCAAAUGUACACUUUGACUGAUCACUGCAGCCUUAACAUGUGCAGAAGAGAUGGAAUCCUGUAUUUCAUGGAGGGAAAAAAAUCAGUUGAUCAAUAGCAAGCUGCUGUCAGCCUUAGCCUCAAAGUCCUGUUACCAAAGACUGAUGAACUUUUUGUUUGUGUGUUCCAGAUGCUCCAAAGGUUUCCUCGGUGUCCGUGAUUGGGGAGACGGUGGAGGGCAGUCCAGUGACUCUGACUUGCACGAGCGAUGCUAAUCCAAAAGCUACUAACACCUGGUACAAAGAGGACCACAUGCUUCCUGAAGGACACAACGGCACUUAUACUUUUCCCUCUAUUAGAUCCAAUGACAGUGGGAUCUACUUUUGCACGUCUCAGAACCAUUAUGGCAAGAAGAACUCUACGUCUGUUCGCAUAGAUGUCCAGUGUAAGUAAAUAAUCAGGAAACCAUUUUAAUGUUGUCAGCUUUUUCCCUCAUGAUUAUCAUAAAAGCAUAUUUUCAGAGAGUAAGAAGAUCAUACAGGUGGAUGGGUGAAGUGCAAAGUCCACCUGGAGCUGGACUGAAGUAGUCCGUGUUCCAAAACAGACCAGAAUUAAAGUUCUCACUUGCACUGACUUGAAGCACCAACCUAGUUUGCCUUAUCAGUUAUAUUCUUGUGCAUUUUCUCCUCUAGAUGCUCCAAGGCUUCCCUCUGUGUCAUUGGAUCCUCCUGGUGACAUCAUGGAGGGCACUUCAGUGACUCUGACCUGUAGCAGUGAUGCUAACCCAACAGCUAAUUACACCUGGUACAGGAUAAAUGACCAAACACCAAAAAUAUCAGGACCGGUCUUUACCAUCAGUAAUGUCAGAUCUGAAGACAGUGGGAAUUAUUACUGUGAAGCUCACAACAGCAGAGGGCGCCAUAACUCCACCGUGACUUUGGUCGUUGUCUUCAGUGAGUCAUGCUCCUAAUUUAAAUACACACUUUAACUAAUGUAUCACCCUCACUGUCCUGUUAAGCUGAUAACUAUAAACCAAAAACCUUGCUAAAAGUAAAGUUGGCAGACGGGUUUUAGCAAAGAGUCAUUAGCACUUCAAUUUUAUGAGGUCAUACCACCUGCUGUGAUGGUAACUCAGCAACGUUGGCAUUUAAUAAGCCCCAUAUUCAGUAUCAUAUUUCCUAUUUUGUGCCGGAAAGCAGCUAUUAAUCCACUGUUUUCCAUGUCCUGGAUUUGCAGAUAUUAAAGCCAAAUGGUAAAGGACUUUAUCAUCUGCAAACAGUUUGAAUGAAUUUAAAAACUGUACAUCUCUUUGCUUGGACCAGCAAUUGAUUAAAAACCCCAAAAUGAAUAAAGACAAGGCACAACCACCAAAUAUUAAAGAUCUUACUAAAAUGAUGCCUCUGUGAAUCCACAUCAGAUUUCAACAUGAGCUUUGGUACUAUAGCAUGCCAUGGUACCAAAGCACCAUCUAAAAUACAAGCCAAAGGACAUAGCGCUGUCUCUCUUUAUUAAAAUUAAAAUAUGUCUGUGAUUGAAGGCUUUUCAUGUUCCACUUCAAUUUCGUCUUGUUUCCGAAAGGGAGUUGUCCUUCAUAGUCACUAGUUUGACAGAUAAGUUGUCUGAUGAUAAGCCUGCUGUCUUUAAUUCAUUCUUUAUGGCUCCCCUCAAAUCCUUCCAUGGUGCGGAAGAUAAGCUAGUUCUGGUCCUGGUCUCAGAGCCAUACUGUCUGCUGAUUCUGGGUCCCCAGGGUAAACCAAACCUGAAAACCUAAUUUAUUUUAAGUGUUGUUAAUGAAGAUAUGAAACUACCAACUCAUCAGUCACAUUUACUUCUUUCCAGUAAUCUGCCCAUGGAGGCCUCUGAGAUACCACAUGAUGACAGUGAUUACGAUCAUAUUGUUUUUUUUGGUCCAGUGUUGUUUUCGUCAGGCAGGACGAAAACUUAAAUGACGACGUCAGACCCCUUUUUUCCUUGACGAAAAUGAGACUAAGACGAACGUCACCAAAGCUCUGUAAAGACUAAAAUGUGACGAAAAUUGUAUUGAUUUUCGUCAGACGAGAACGAGACGAGACUAAAUUGUUAUUAGGUGGACGAACAAAGUUUCAAAACAUGCUUUUUUUGUCCUAACAGUCACGCCCCCAUCACACACGCACCAAAAGCCUCGCUCGCGCACAGCUGCGCGCACACACUUAUUCACAUACACAGAGCGGCAGGUGGACGAGGCGCGCACACACACACACACCGUGGCGGCAGGCACAGCAGUGGUGCCCGGUGGCCGAAAAAAGAGGGAUGAUUUUUGGUCCUACUUCAGAUACAGUUCAAGUGACAAUAAAAUAAAAGUGACAAUAAAACACGGGACGGGGAGACGAGACAGACGACAGUUGUGGAGCCACAGCUUCCUCAUGCUUCAAACUGUCGGGAAAGAACACUACGAACCUCAAAAGGCACCUUUACGUCGACUAAAACUAGACGAAUACCUUUUGAGUUUUGGUCAGACUAAAACUAGACGAAAACUAUCAAGGAUAGAAAUGACUAAAAUGGGACUAAAACGAAGAAGCAUUUCGUCAAAAUGACUAAGACUAAAACUAAAUCUAAAAUGCCUGCCAAAAACAACACUGUUUUGGUCCAGUUGACUGUUAUAAAUUCACCCAGAUAAUGUGCAAUUCUCUGAUCAAGUGUCUCCUUCUGGUCUGUGUUUCUCAGGUGCAAUGAAAUCAGUCGCUGCAGGAUCGAUCUUUGUUAUUUUUCUGGUUGUCAUUUUUCUUUUGGCCGUCCUCUUUAUAAGGUGAAAGAUUUAAUUAAUUAAUUAAUUAAUUAAUUUUGUCCAAUGAAAGAGCUUAAAUUCAUUUCAUUUGAUGCUUUCUUUGUUUUAUCAGAAGAAAGAGAGCUGCAAGAGAAACCAACAGACCCGGAGAAAGGCUGGAGAACAAUGGGCAGGUACUGAAGAAGCGGUUAACGCAUUUCAGCAACUGUUUAGAGUCCUCCUUUAAUGAAAAUCUGUCAAAGAGUGCUUUAUGACUCUUUUGUGUUCAAUGUUAUUUCAUAAACAUGUGACCAUAUGGCAGACACUGGUGUAUGGAGUACCUCAGGGGUCAAUUUUGGGACCAAUUGUAUUUUCUAUGUACAUUCUUGGUCACAUGAUACAGACACACAAUAUUUCAUUGAACUGCUAUGCUGAUGACACUCUGCUUUAUCUCACCAGAAAUAUCUCAAACCUCACAAACUAAGAGUGCAAAUUAUUAUUUAUAAGUUACUCAGUUAACAAUAUAACCCACUGUCUGCUUUUCAGCCCAGCAUGGCUUCAGCUCCACAAAGACAGCCAGAUGACGAGCUUUGUUAUGCCAGCAUACGCUUUGCUAGAAACCAGGAAGAGCCUAUCUACUCCAACGUUUCACCGGCUAAAGCUAACAGACGAAAGAAAAAAGAGGAAGAGGAGGAGGAGGAGGAGGGGAAUGUGGACUACAGUGUAGUCAACUUUAAGAGCAACAGGCCUUCACCAAAGUGAGUCCAUGUGUCAUUUUUCCUUAUUUAUUUAUUAUUUCAUUUGUUAAUGUUUUUUUUUUUUUAAUUCACAGAUCGAGAAAUGGAAGUGCUGAUGAGGAUUUCUCUUCCCUGUACAGCUCAGUCACAAAAACACCAAGAGCCUGAACUCAACUCAGAUCCGGGUUUAUUACUCCAGCGUCAGUGGACACACUGGGUGACAUUUCUCAGUUCUAGUUUCAGUGGAGACCCUUUGUUAAAAAGUGCGAUCAACUUUGAAAAUGUUUGAACUUUUUACAUUCUUUUUUUUUAGGACCCACAUCUCUUAAUUCGAUCCUUUAAAUGCCUUUUUUAAUGCUCAGUGCCACUGCUUUUUAUAUGAUGGAAAACACAAUAAAUUAUGUAUUAUUUACAUGUUAAGGUGAUUUUUAUUUACUCACAGGAGAUUAUGAGUCCCUUGAAUAUUUCUAUGAUGAGCAGCGAGCUUCAUUUCUGUGCUUCACAAAGUGGAAUUUGAUGUUUUCAGCCACACUCACACACAGGUGCCCCUGGUACCCAACUUAUGGUUCAGCUUAGACUAUGCAAUCUAAAUACCUCCAUAUCCAUAGUAGUUUUAAAAAGUCUAGUCUGAAUUUUAUCAUCAUCAAGCUGACAUCAAGCUUGGAUAGAGGCCAUCGAUGGUGCUGAAAGUACACAACUGAUGAUGUGUCGUGUUGGCCUUACCCUAAACCCUAAACCCUAAACCCUAAACCCUCGCCCUAUCUGAUUCCACCUCAGAGAUCAUCUCCCAAAUCCUGUUAGUAGUGUGCUGUUCAUUAAAAAGUUGUGAACUCUAAGUAGUUACACUUUGCUGUUUUAAAGACUCAAGCUGGACCGUAGCCAUCUUGUUUUUGAGGCUGAAAGGACCAUGUAUAAAACAGACGGAUAUCAGCUGAGAUGAUAAAGGAGUUGCUUAUCUAUUGCUAUUAUAUUCUUCUUGCUAGAGGCUACUUUAUUAGCUGGUUGAUUUGCUAGUGUGCAGAUUCGGCUAACAACUCUAUCUAUGAUGCUCCCAUAUAUCAGCAAACGCUAACUAGUGCUUAAUUAUAAAUUGAGCAUCUUCAUCACUUCAGGGUUUGGCUUUUGCACCGGCUAAAACUGUGCAAAAAAGCCAAAAAGCAAAGUCGUAUUCAGACAGCAUGCACAAUGUGAUAAAUGCUGUUCUGUGUGACGACAGCCACCUCUUGAUUACUCACUUUUCUGGCUGCGCCUGCACAGAUUAGCAAUUUGGACAUGUUGUUUUCUCUCUGUUAGCUACUUAGUGCUUCGCUGGUAAAAGAUUUAAAGGUUAACAUCCUCAGUAAUCAUGUUUUUAUUAUUUGAUCCUGUCACCGCAAAGUUUUCCAGUUCUACCUGCCAAGAACUGAUCAAAUCUUAAAAACGUCUUUGGGUGCAUUCUUGCUCAUUUUCUUUCAUUCUGACUUUGCAACGGUUUCGGCGCUCUUUCAGUCUCAGACAACAUUAGCAGGCACAUUCACUGCUUGGAAAAACUAUAAAUCAUCUUCACUUGAAGAGAGUCGGUGACUGAGUUUAAUGAUUAUUAAUAACAUAAGGAAGAGAACAAAUUUAACAGCUGAUCUACUUCGUUCUCAUGACCACAGACCGACACUUUCUGCAGAGACAUCAUCCUCACCUUGUUGACAACUUCUGAUGUGCUCAUUUAUGUUCAGUCCUCCUGCUCAGAACAGUUACUUAAAGCCACAAAGGAAGCAGAGGAGCAGCUAUGAAUUUAAAAGCUACAGCUGAUGGAUUGAUUAUUUUUCUUCUCCUUGUAUCAGGUAAUGCUUAUUUUCACACAAUUAUCACAUUCUCUCAGAACUUGCCUAUUUUUUUGUCCUUUAUUUCUUUUUGUUGCAUCAUUCCUGAGUCUUUAGCCAUUUUUUAAGUUUAUCUUGGUGAAUCACUUUCAUACAGAUUAAUUAACAAUUAAUCUAUCUGCUAUUUUUCAAUUAAUCUGUUAACUGAAAGUUGUUUUUUAUGCUUCUAUAUUUUAUCCAAUCAUCUUCUCUUAUAUGUGGAACAAAAUGUGCAUGAAGGGUUUUAUUCCCCUGUGAAAACGGUCAGUAUUAACUCUGUGUCAGUGUCUGAAAAAAGGUUUCUCUGCUACAUAAAUCCCCAUGUCCUUAUGAAUCAUAUCAAACUUAAUUUAUAAAGCACUCUUCAUACAAAUCGUACAGCUCUAAUGAUACCAUUUAACACCUUAUGAUAUGAUACAUUUAGCUGAAUGGGAUUUAAUAUGAUUGUUUAUGAUAAUAAAAGGUAGGCUAGGGUUAAAUUUGAUACAGUGAGAUAUGAUAUGGUUUGAUUACACAGAAGGGAAACUACAAGAUACAAUGAAAUAUAAGGUGAAAUAUUGGAUUAGACAUGAUCCUAUAAGAUGUGAUACAAACGUACAAUAGGAUCCAUUACGAUCCUUUAUGAUACACUUUAUACCUUAACGAGGAAAUUUGGCUCAGACUCAUUGCUAAGAUAUUUGACUGUUUUCACAAAGUAAGUACUAAAAACAGAUGACAAUCCACAUGCAGGAGAAACACACACCAAACCACAACAAACAUAUAGAUUAACCCAUUAAUGCCCAUAGUUAAAUUUUUUAGUUUCCUUUUGUACACCAGGAGUACGAGCUGAUCUAAGUUCAAAUCAAUCAAAGUAAAAACUACAAGGACUUAUAUCAAAUACUUGGUACCAUUGGAUUCAGAACAAGUUAAAUUUUAAUAAUAUGUUCUUCCAUCCAGAGUAAAACCAUUAUCUAACAGUCAACUUAAUGGUAAAACCAUUUUUGUGAUUUUUUCCGUUUUUGGCAGUAAGUCAACUUUGUGUACAAAGAAAGGCAUGAUGCAUUUGUCAAAUAGAUUUUUUUUGUAUGUGUGUGUAGACACAUGUCUUGACAGUAUUCAUAGCAAAUUUUGUGUUGCUAUCUCUAACUGUAGAAAAUCUGUGGGGUUUUUCCUUAACAUACUGUAUUUAGUAUCUGGGCACAUAUGGGUUAAUACACGUCAGUCAUCCAAAGACCAACAGGUUCUGCACAAAGCAGCAUGAAUGAAGCAGAAGACAAGACCAGAAGAACAUCAUGAAGCUCAUACUGCUCUUGUGCAGUCCUCUUUAAAUACUUUCAAUGAUCGGCCUUUUUGAAAUGUUCAGUCUGUGUUCAUGUAGUUUAGUCUGCUUAAAUUUUCCCACACUUUACAUCAUUGUUUUCAGAUUCAUGAAGCUUCUCACUGACGUUUGUGUGAUAUUUCUGCUCUCUUUGACCUCAGCUAUCUUUCUAUUUAUUGCUUAGAGUCACAGCCUUUGUUCCUUUACGUGCUUUGUCACCUGUAGUCUCUCUGUUAAAUACAGCACAGAUCUGACCUCAGGCUGAUCAGAGGAAAUAACAGAGCACUUCAAGCAGCCACAAGCUGCUUUUAAACUCAUGUGAAUUUCUGGUUUCUGGUUUCCAAGCACAAAUUAUACGUCUUUGUUCGCUUUGACCAAACACAAAAUAAAACCAUGAGAGUCUUAAACCAACAGGAGGGAUUUUAGGAUCAGGAUCAGCUCAUCAACCGUCUCCUGAUGUUAUGAAUUUGUGUUUCCUGUGUUGUGUGUUACAGCGGUGAGAGGAGAGAAUGGCUGGAGAGUGACCUACCCAGCGCCUCAGAUCUGUGCCUUUAAAGGAUCAACAGUGGACAUAACCUGCACCUUCACACACCCGCCUGGACCGGAUGAGCUUGACGUAGAAGCUCAAGAAAAUUUCUGGUUUACUAAAGUGGACGGAAACCGAUCUGUGGAUAUAAGAGAAGAUCCAGACUUCUCAGGCCGGGUUGGUUUUGAUUUUGACGGGAGCAAAUCCACUCUGAGAAUCUCAGACCUGAGAGAGAGCGACUCAGCGGAGUACAAGUUCAGAUUCGGUACAAACCAAACAGGAAGUGCCAGCGGUUCGCCUGGAGUCACUUUAAAUGUCACAGGUUAUAUUCCAUCCCACAAAUACAGCUGCUAAUCUUUGUCAAUAUAAUCUUGAGUGGUUAUAAUUUAAUAUUUGCUUUAUUUCUCCACAUGUUUAGACCUGAAGGUGCAGGUGGAGGCAGUAUCCACCCAGGCCAAGCUGGAGUGUACCAGCAGCUGUCAUGUGACGGAUAAUUUGUCAUAUGUCUGGUUAAAAAAUGGACAAAAACUGAGUGAAAAGUCAUCCUCUUUAACCGUCCCUGCUAACAUCAGCAGAUAUUCCUGUGCUGUUGGAGGACAUGAGGUUCACAGAUCUCCUGAAGUGUGUGAGUUCACCUCCUGUGUCAUGUGUACAGUUCUGUCACCUAUCCAACUCUGUUUGUUCCACCUCCUAAUGUGCUCCAUGUUGCAGUGAUUAAAGGCUGGGGAGUGAUGUACUCUUCCCCUCAGAUCUGCGCCGUAAAAGGAUCAACAGUGGACAUACCCUGCACGUACACAUAUCCACCGAUAAUCAAUCAGAUAUCGACUGUGGUUCAAAGCAGAUUUUGGUUUACUAGUGCAGAUUUUGAUGAUCUGAGAGGAGACCCAGAGCGCUCAGGUCGUGUCGAGUAUCAUCUUGAUGGGGGUAAAUGCACCCUGAGGAUCACAGACCUGAGGGAGAGCGACUCAGCGGAGUACAAGUUCAUGUUUACAACAAACCAGAGAGACGGAAAUGUUACUCCUUCACCUGGAGUCAAUUUGACUGUCACAGGUAACACCUUAUAUGUACUUCCUUCAGGUAACAUUAUCAGGAAAUAUCCCAGAAAUGUUCACUAAUAUACAGAUAACACCCAAUUAUACACAUCUCUGAAGUCAGGAGGAACUUAUAGAUUAAAGUCACUUAAAGCAUUUUAUUAGACCUGGAAGACCUGAAAACUAUCAAUGUUCUUGGCCCCAAACACCUAAGAGAGGCACUGUCUAAUGAUGUAACUGCUGUAGAUGAUAUCAGCUGUGCAGAAAAACUACUCCAUCCUCACUCCCACUAACAACCUCUUCGUCAUCUAUUGUACCAAAAUCUUUCUGUCAAACUGUUAUCUCCAUGUCCAGACCUGCAGGUACAGGUGAAAAAAGCAUCGACCCAGAUCGAGCUGAGGUGUCACAGCAGCUGCAACGUGACUGAUCAUCCGCCAUAUUUCUGGUACAGAAAUGGAAAGACGGUCUACAAAGAGGCGCCUUUUCUCAGAUUGCCUCUCAAUGAUUUCAGAAACUAUUCUUGCUCCAUUAGAGGACAUGAGGAUUACAGCUCUCCGGCAGUGUGUGAGUUUAUCUGCCCAGUCUUGUGUAAAUGUUUCUUUACCAUAAGGUGAACAUCUCCUCUUUUGGGGGGCUGUCCGGCCUUGUCCGGGUUUAUAAAAUCCUUCAAAUGUCCGUAGUUUUGCAUGGAAGUUUUGAGUUCGCGUCAUGUGGACUUACUGAUUUAGAAGCGUGUAAAAAAACACUCGACCCGACCCGAAAAACCCUAAAAGUUUACUGUGACUCAGUGACUGUCCUGUUUUUGGGGUUUCAGAAUUUGGUCUCCCUAUUUACCAUCGUCUUAAAAUGUGUGCCUCUAUUUUCUAAAAGAUGGGUUUAUUUUUGUGCAGAUCCUCCAAAGUCUCCUUCUGUGUCGGUCAGUCCCGUGGUGGAAGGCAAACUGGUGAACCUGACCUGUAGCAGCGAUGCUAACCCUGCAGCUAACUACACCUGGUACAAAGAGCAAAGAAACACCAACCAUCAGUUCCUCCAGCGCGGACCAAAGUUCAUCUUCAGCUCUAUCCAGCUGUCUGAUUCUGGAGGGUAUCGCUGCUUAGCUAAAAACGAGCUAGGUUGGGGGAUUUCUCGAGUCUCCAUUAAAGUGAAAUGUGGGUCUACCUGCAGUUUAGUUCCUGAUCUGACUUAAAACGGGCAAAACAAUAAACACUCUAAAGAAAAAGGUCAUUUGUGGUUUGUUUCUUAUAAUCUCCUUCAGAUGGACCAAAAACCUGCUUUGUUUCGAUGAAUCCCACUGGUGAAAUCAAUGAGAACAGGACACUGACUCUGAACUGCAGCAGCGACAGUUACCCAGCGCCGGAGUUUACCUGGUACAAGAUGAACGGACAUGGAUAUCACAGUAAAGGUCCACAGCUUAUCUUCAGCUCCAUUCAGUCCACAGACACUGGAAGAUAUUACUGUGAAGCAAAGAACGAGGUUGGGGAAAGGACAUGUGGAAACCCCUACAUCAACGUGAAAUGUGAGUGAAACUGUGAUUUUUUUGUAAACAGAAAUAACGUCUUCGUUUUUACAUUUUCUUGUCUGUACGGCUUUAAAAAAUAUUGAUGUUUGCUUCUCCAGACGCUCCAAAGCCACCGUCUGUGUCAGCAAGUCCCUCUGCUGAGAUCUCAGAGGGUAGAUCAUUGGUUCUGACCUGCAGCAGUGAAGCUAACCCUUCACCGACUUUCACCUGGUACAAGAAGAGUGGAAGUAUUUACACAAGAACACAGGUUUACUUCAGAUCCAUCAGCGCCUCAGACUCUGGAGAGUAUUACUGCACCGUUGAGAACAGGCUGGGCAAACGGACGUCUGAAACCAUCUUUAUUAAUGUAACAUGUGAGUUGAAUGUUUCUUUUCAAAAAUAUCAAGUUUAUUUAAGGUUGUUUAUUCGGAUUUUUUAUACGCAAGAGUUUAAGAAACUCUUUUAAGGGUUAGGGUUUAAGGGUUUUAAGGGGUCUUUUUUUAGAGAGUCCCUGAGCUCCAUCAUGCUGGUGUAGGUACCAGUUGUGUUCGGACUGCCAGUUCGGCUUGGGGCACGGUGCCUAUUGUUGAUAUCACACUAUAUGAUUGGCUAGAAGAUUGUUGGUGGUGCAGAAAUUAUGGAAGCGUUUUUUGUCGGAUUAGGUUUCAUGGGAUUGUAGUUCUUUGUAAAAAACAUGGACGAAUUUUACGAAGCAAUCUUUCUCUUCUUAUCUAAGGGGAUCUACGAAAGCCGGACAAUCGCCUCUUUUAUGUCGCCAAAGGAAAUGUGGAAUAAAAGCAAAACUAUGUAUUGAUAAACAGAGCUCCUGCGAACAUUUUCUCUUUUUCUUUUUGUGAUUUUGUAAAUUGUGAUUCUCUGUUUUAUAUGGAGAGAAAAUCUCGAGGUCAAUCAAAUCAACAAACAGAAAUAAAGAAAACCGUGAUGUAGUUUGCCGUGGUGUGACGUUUUCAACAGGUGCUGGACAGCCUGAACACACCUGGUACCUACACCGUAGCUUUCUCUGGAUGCUUCAGUGACUCAAUGAUGCUUCAUGACUGAUGCUUCAUAAAUAAAGAUUGAUCGAUUAAUUGAUUGACACUGUGUUGUAUAUGCUUCCCUUACUGUACUGGAACAGUGACUUUAAAACGUGAGGUACUGGACAGUGAUUUUGUAAACCAUUAUAAGCCUAAAACUAAGGCGUCACUCACUGCUAAAAGAAAAUUCAAAAACUUCAAUUUCCGUUUUUUUCCUUUUGAAAGUUGACCAUGUCUGAAAUAAUCAUUUAUUUCUCCUCCAGAUGCUCCGAAACCUCUUAAUGUAUCAGUGAAUCCUUCUGGUGAGGUGUUGGAGGGCGAAGCUGUGACUCUGACCUGCAGCAGUGAUGCUAACCCAGCUGCUAACUAUAGCUGGUACAAGAAAAAUGGAAAACCAGACCCUAAACCAGGACCACAGCUGGUCUUCAGCUCAAUCCAGCCCUCUGACUCUGGAGAGUAUUUCUGUAGAGCUGAGAACAGUCUGGGGGAAACGCCGUCUGAGGACAUCUGCAUAGAUGUAAAAUGUGGGUGAAUCGGCUCACGAUGAAACAACCUAAGCUAAAAACGCCUGUACUGUAUAAGUGACUCGAGUUUCUGUUUCAUGAGUGAAUAUUUUUCUUUAGAUGCUCCGAAGCUUCCCUCUCUGUCCGUGAGUCCCUCUGCUGAGAUCGUGGAGGGCAGCUCAGUGACUCUGACCUGCAGCAGUGAAGCUAACCCAGCAGCUACUCACUCCUGGUACAAGAAGAGUGGACCUUUGACUCAUCAGUACCUUAGUGAAGGACCAGAGCUUGUCUUCAGAUCAGUCCAGUCCUCUGCUUCUGGAGAGUAUUACUGUACAGCUGAGAACAGGCUCGGAAAUAAGACAUCUAACUCGUUUUAUAUAAAUGUGAAAUGUGAGUACAGAGCUGUUCUCUUAUUAUAGUGUGUUGCUUGAUGCUUGUAAACUCUUGUUCACCUGGGGUACUCUCUUUUAAGUUUGCUCAGAUCUUUGGAAAAAUUCAUUUUAAACUAUUUAAAGUUCAUUUUGAGAGUCUAAAUGUCUAUUUUAAAGCUGGUGAGUCACAGCGUUUGGAUAUAUAUGAUUAUAGACUGUAGACUGUAUAAAAACAAGACGUAGGGUCAGUGACACUCCCAUUGAUUUCUGAAGCAGAGGUUUGAAGCCAAUCAAGCCGAACUUGGGGGGACAGAGACUUCUCCGCUGCUGCGCCCACCCUGGGGGAGUCACUCCUCAAACCCAUCAGGGACUGUACAGACCCCCAUACUUUCAAAUCACUCCUAAAAACACACCUUUUUAAAAUGGCUGUCAACCUGUAAACGCUCCUUUUAUUGUCUUUUCAUGUCAUGUCUUCUUUAACCUUUUACACUGUUCGUCUUAUUACUGUAAAAUUUUCUGUAUUUUAAAUUGUGUUUCUUGUAAAGAGUCUUUGAGCCCCUGUAAAAGCACAUUAUAAACAAAAUGUAUUAUUAUUAUUAUUAUUAUUAAUUAGUGGCUGUGUCCAUAUUGGAAAUCCUGACUCAAAUGAUCUUUUAGCUGUACCUCUGAUUCACCCUCAUUAUUUUCUACCAAAAAAAAAAUCCACUCCUCACACACCGAGCUUCCUAAAACUCAGAUUGAGGUUUUUUUUUUAACUAAACACGUAUUAUUGCUCCAAAAGUGUCUCUUUUUGGCUUGGUGUGUAUGUGGUUUCUGGUGCUUUUGUGGCCAGCCUCUAGUGGACACUCAAGGAACUGCAGUUUUUAGUACCUCCACACCAGCUUCCUUUCUCAAGACCAGAAGGUUGCUGCUUUUUAUAGACAGAGAUUGUAGCAGCUGCAGCCUAGAGAUAAUGCACUAAUAGACCUUCUCACUCACAGGUCAAAGGUCAAAGUACUUCAGGGUUUUCCAUUUACUGUAAAAAUUAAUGUUUUUUUUUAUUUCUCCAGAUUUUCCAAGGCCUCUGAGUGUUUCAGUGAAGCCGUCUACUGAGGCGUUGGAAGGCAGCGCUGUGACUCUGACCUGUAGCAGUGAUGCUAACCCAGCAGCUAACUAUAGCUGGUACAAGAGGACUGGAAAAGUAGACCCUCAACCCAUCAGAAAAGGACCACAGCUGCUCUUCAGUUCUGUCCAGUCCUCUGACGCUGGAAGAUAUUAUUGUGCAGCAAAGAAUGAGCUCGGGAGCGGGACUUCAGGACUCACCUACAUCAAUGUUAAACGUGAGUUAAACUCUCAAUGUUUCACUUUCAAAGUCAUCUUCUAUAAACCACUGAGCGUUUACAAUAAAUGACAGAAAGGUUGACAAGUCUGGAGUUUGAACUGAUUUUGAGUUCCCAUGAUCGUAGUUCCAUAAACUGGAUUCUGAACCAGGAAGAAAGUGACUUACAUGUGAUGUGACGGCUGCAAAAUAAGAGAUUCAAUCCAGAGACCAUUUCUACUUUGUCUUCUUUGGGCACAGGCGACAUUUCUAAGUCAUUAUAACUUUAAAAAUAUUGAUGUUUGCUUCUCCAGACGCUCCAAAGCCACCGUCUGUGUCAGCAAGUCCCUCUGCUGAGAUCGUGGAGGGUAGAUCAUUGGUUCUGACCUGCAGCAGUGAAGCUAACCCUUCACCGACUUACACCUGGUACAAGAAGAGUGGAAGUAUUUACACAAGAACACAGGUUUACUUCAGAUCCAUCAGUGCCUCAGACUCUGGAGAGUAUUACUGCACCGUUGAGAACAGGCUGGGCAAACGGACGUCUGAAACCAUCUUUAUUAAUGUAACAUGUGAGUCGAUUGUUUCUUUUUUUAAAAUAUUAAGUCGCUUUCAGGUUGUUUAUUCAGAUUUUUUUAUACGCAAGAGUUUAAGAAACUCUUUUACGGGUUAGGUUUUAAGGGUUUUAAGAGUCCCUGAGCUCCAUCAUGCUGGUGUAGGUACCAGUUGUGUUCGGACUGCCAGAUCGGCUUGGGGCCUGGCGCCGAUUGUUGAUAUCACACUAUAUGAUUGGCUAGAAGAUUGUUGGUGGUGCAGAAAUUAUGGAAGCGUUUUUUGUCGAAUUAGGUUUCAUGGGAUUGUAGUUCUUCGGAGAAAACAUGGACGAAUUUUACGAGGCAAUCUAUCUCUACUUAUCUAAGGGGAUCUACGAAAGCCGGACAAUCGCCUCUUUUAUGUCGCCAAAGGAAAUGUGGAAUAAAAGCAGAACUAUCUAUUGAUAAACAGAGACCCUGUGAACAUUUUCUCUUUUUCUUUUUGUGAUUUUGUAAGUUGUAAUUCUCUGUUUUAUAUGGAGAGAAAAUUUCGAGGUGAAUUGAAUCAAAAAACAAAAAUAAAGAAAACCGUGAUGUAGUUUGCCGUGGUGUGACGUUUUCACCAGGUGCUGGGCAGCCUGAACACACCUGGUACCUACACCGUAGCUUUCUCUGGAUGCUUCAAUGACUCAAUGAUGCUUCAUAAAUAAAGAUUGAUCGAUUAGUUGAUUGACACUGUGUUGUAUAUGUUUCCUUUACUGUACUGGAACAGUGACGUUAAAACUUGAGGUGCUGGACAGUGAUUUUGUAAACCAUUAUAAGCCUAAAACUAAGGCGUCACUCACUGCUAAAAGAAAAUUCAUAAACUUCAAUUUCCGUUUUUUUCCUUUUAAAAGUUGACCAUGUCUGAAAUAAUCAUUUAUUUCUCCUCCAGAUGCUCCGAAACCUCUUAAUGUGUCAGUGAAUCCUUCUGGUGAGGUGUUGGAGGGCGACGCUGUGACUCUGACCUGCAGCAGUGAUGCUAACCCAGCUGCUAACUAUAGCUGGUACAAGAAAACUGGAAAACCGGACCCUAAACCAGGACCACAGCUGGUCUUCAGCUCAAUCCAGCCCUCUGACUCUGGAGAGUAUUUCUGUAGAGCUGAGAAUAGUCUGGGGGAAACGCCGUCUGAGGACAUCUGCAUGGAUGUAAAAUGUGGGUGAAUCGGCUCACCAUGAAACAACCUAAGCUAAAAACACCUGUACUGUAUAAGUGACUCUUCUUUGGGCACAGGCGAAAUUUUUAAGUCAUUAUAACUUUAAAAAUAUUAAUGUUUGCUUCUCCAGACGCUCCAAAGCCACCGUCUGUGUCAGCAAGUCCCUCUGCUGAGAUCUCAGAGGGUAGAUCAUUGGUUCUGACCUGCAGCAGUGAAGCUAACCCUUCACCGACUUACACCUGGUACAAGAAGAGUGGAAGUAUUUACACGAGAACACAGAUUUACUUCAGAUCCAUCAGUGCCUCAGACUCUGGAGAGUAUUACUGCACCGUUGAGAACAGGCUGGGCAAACGGACGUCUGAAACCAUCUUUAUCCGUGUAACAUGUGAGUGAAACAGCUCUUUUAUAGGGACUUUUCUCAAAUAUCCAAAACAUUUCUUUUAAGAAUCAAAGCUUGUUUUAUGAGUUACGAAUGUGAGAUAAUUAAAGCAGGUUCUUUCUAAAGUCUCACAUCUCUGUGAUAUAAUAAAACAUAUCAUUCUCCUCCAGAUGCUCCAAAGCUUCUCGCUGUAUCAGUGAAUCCUGAUGGUGAGGUGUUGGAGGGCGCAGCUGUAAAUCUGACCUGCAGCAGUGAUGCUAACCCAGCCGCUCACUAUACCUGGUACAACGAGACUGGAAAACCAGGUCUUCAGCCUCUUGGACAAGGACCACAGCUUGUUUUCAGUUCAAUCCAGCCCUCUGACUCUGGAGAGUACCACUGCAGAGCUGAGAACAACCAGGGGAGCGGGACCUCUGAGCACAUCUCUAUCGAUGUGAAAUGUGAGUCAAACAGCUGUUUCAGUCUGACGCUUCAAAUCACUGAUGUUUUAAUAAAGUCAAAUGUCAAAAUCCGUCUCCAGAUGCUCCAAGACUUCCCUCCGUGUCAGUGAGUCCCUCUGAUGAGAUCGUGGAGGGCGCCUCAGUGACUCUGACCUGCAGCAGUGAUGCUAACCCUGCACCUGUUUACACCUGGUUCAAGGAGAACGGAGACUCUCCAACAGCUUCAGGACAGACUUUCAACAUCACCGACUUCAGAGCCGAACACAGAGGGAAUUAUUUCUGCGAGGUCAAGAACUCAGUAGGAGGCCGUAACUCCACCUUACACCUGAUUGUUGUGGCAGGUAAGAUAUAAACCGCUGCAGGUACCAGGAUCUGCUGCUUCUGUGUCCUCAGGCUGAAAUGUCCAUCUCAUGGGGCGCUCACACCAAGGGCGAGCCAAAUCAUUCACGCAGAUGAAUUACAUAUUAAGUCGAUGCAAAGACACGAUUAGACGCUCCUACUACUCUGGCGGACGUGAAUUCUCAAGAGUUAAAAAUAUCUCAAUUUGAGCGGAUACUCGCAUCACGAUCACCGAUCAGCACAAAGAUUUAAAACAGACCGGAAGAUGAAGAUAUCUCAACUCAAACGACGGUUUGCAUCGUGAUAACCAAAGAAUCCAUGAGAUUUCAGGGUGACGGAUGAAAAUGGACCGUAAGAUGUGAAAAUAUAAACACAAAUAGAAAGACGCUCUGCAGCUGGGGUAGAGCGCCUGUAAUCGGUAUCCUAGAGGGUUAUCCUGGCACUGACCCUCACCAACAGGCCGUCAAAUUGGGUUCAGGUAACCUGAAGAUACCGCUGGAAACGACCAUCAUCUGGGCGCAGCUAUUGGAGGAGACCCAGACACGGCGACGCCUACAUCUCUCCAACAUUUGUUGUCCUUCAUCAACAAAAACAGAACAGCGAUCCGGUGAACGUGGUUCACUCCGACCAGGCUUGAUGGAGACUCUCCCUCUCUCUCAUAUCCACGGAUUUUAAAAUAAAAACAGGAAUAAAAAGGAGCUCGCCUUGAGGAAAGAGAGUGAGGAGGUCGGAUUAUCUGGUAAAAUGUUGUUGUCUAUCACAUGAUCCCACCAGUUGAAUUGGCUGGGAUCACUGUUGAAAUGAGCAUAUCCACGCGACACGCAAAUUAUUCGCCCGAAUGAAGCGACUAAAUACUUUUAUUCACGCAUCUAGAAACGCUUCACUGAACUCCUCGUGGUUUGAAUUCUAGCAAAGUGAGAAUUCAGAUCUUAAGUUAAUUGACUUUAAAACAAGAACAUGACUAAAGUGUGAGAUACAUGAAAGUCAGAACAGGCAUGAUCCUCAGUCUAUUUAACAUAUUUGUUUUUAAUUCCAGGUCACUCAUCGACAACAAUGAAUAUCUUCAGGUUGAUUCUGGCGCUCUUGGUUCUGAUUCCUCUGUGUUUCCUGAUCCUGACAGUUUGGUAACAUUUAGAAAAGUGAACCCGUCACAUCUCUUUGGUUUCUCUCUCUGAACUCGCCAUCAUCUCAGUAUCUUUUAUUUCAUUUAAGGAGGAAGUCCACCACUGAGCCACCAGGUAAAUCUGCAGACGAACCUGCAGAGACCGUAGAGGUGAGACAGUUUCAUGAAUCAAGACUUUGUAAACGAAUGAAGAUGUUUAUUAUGAUAUGAUAAGUGAUGUAGCUCAACUGGACUCCAAGUAGGUAAAAGUUUCUCUCUCUCAUAGGAAAUAAUUUCUGUGACAAAACAGAUUCUUGAUCAGAUCUCAUCCUUUGUCAUCAGCUAACCUCCACUCCUGUGUAUGAGGACCUUCCUGUCGUCAUGGAUACGCAGACAGAAGACAUGGUGGAGCAGGAGGACAGAGUGUGAGGUGAGGUUCAGUCAGGUCAGAGGCUCCUCAGAUCGGGUUCAUGGUCCGAGUCUCCAAGUUUAAAGCAGAACUCUUUUUUUACUCUCUUUACUUCAGAUACAGUUGAUCCAGAAGGAGGGUUCACUGUGGACAGCGAGGCUGUAGAGGAUGUGGAAAUACGUCCCUGAAUGCAUCAUGAAUUUCCUGUAGAGUUCUGAUUUAUGUACUUUAGAUUAUGAAAAGAGCUCAGCGUUUAGAGGCUACACCUCGCUCAAUGUGAGAAUGUCAAGCUUUUCUGCGGCUGAUUCAACAAGUCGAGGUCGACUGGAAAAAUGAUGGAAACUGUUCAAAAAAAAAAAAAAAACAAUUAAAAAAAUAAAUAAAGGUAAGACUUAAAACACACGUCAAAGAUCUGGAUGAAUGACAAUGACGUACGUCCAAAAAUCUACCAAAGUAACUAUAUUUUUAAAUUUGAUUUUAAUUUAUAAUAAAGAUUCUGAAGCAGAGGUUGUUUAAAGUUAUAUUUGAAGUUCAUAAUUAUCUCUUCAUCUAAAGUCUGAAACAGGAAACUAAACAUUGUAGGUUUUUUUUUAACUUUCUCAGAUAAAAUAAAAAAUCAAACCCAGUUACUUUCAUGUGUUAUGAAAGAUGAUUUUAGAAACUGUGGGAUAAUUAGCCUUUAAAUGACUGAGUCUGUUUUCAGUGUAACACAAUAGAAACCAGAGUCUUAAGAACAACCAGCAGGUGGCAGCCUUUCACUUUUUAUAUUCUUAUUGUUGGGUUAUAUCUGUCCCAAAACUGCAAAUGUAUAACUGUAUAAAUGAAAGCUUUUAUUUUUUUUUACAAACCUCCAAGUUUAACAAAGAUUUUCAAUGUUAAAAUAAAAUAAAAAAUUAAUAAAUAUAACAAUAUACUGAAAUAAAACACAAAAAAACACGUCUUUGGGUGCAUUCUUGCUCAUUUUCUGUUCUUUUCAUUCUGACUUUGCAACGGUUUUGACGCUCUUUCAGUCUCAAGCCGCGUUCAGACCAAACGCGACCUGAGGCGACCAAGUCGCGUAGGUCAGUCACGUCGCGUCGCGCCCUGGUGUGUUCACACCGGGUCCAAAGCUGUGGUCGCAGGACGCGGCUGGUCACCGAUGACCCGCUUCUCCCACCUUCCUUCUCCCUCCUUUUCUCCCUCAUAUAUACAUCCCGCAGCCCCUUCCAGCGCUUGCGGCACACAUCCACUGCAAACACACACACACACACACACACACACACACACACACACACACACACACACGUUGAAACAUGUAGCCUAGCAAGCAGGGGCAGUUUACUAUGUUUUCAGAAAAUAGUCUGCUCACUGAAAUAAACAAACAAACUUAACAGAAAGCCCGACAUCAUGGGCCACCUUUGCCCAUGCCUCCUCCUUGGAGGUGCGGUCCCAGUAGAGCACGCACCCCAUGUCGUACGGGACCGGGUGAUAACUCACGGCAGUGAAAAGCUGCUCCUCCAUUGUGAUUCUUCGUCUCCUCCUCCUUGCUUCGCCGGUUUGUUGACGUCAGCAGAGCCCUGAUUGGCUGUUGCGGCACUGAGUCGCGACUUGGCUUCCUGUGACCUUGGGCGACGCGACGUUGGCGACCAUGCGCUACUUGGUCGCCGAGGUCGCUCUGGAUGGUGGAUGUGUAGAAGGUCCUCAGCAGCUCCACUCCAACGUUGUUCUUCCUGAGCACUCUCAGGAAGAACAGGCGCUGCUGGGCCUUUUUGAUGACAGCUCUGGUGUUCUCAGUCCAAGAGAGGUCAGCUGAGAUGAUGGUGCCCAGGAGCUCGAAGCUGUGGACCCUCUCUACCCAGUCACCAUUUAUGCUGAGGGGGGGCAGCUCAGAUCUGUGCCUCCUGAAGUCCACAAUGACCUCUUUUGUCUUUGUGGUGUUUAAAAUCAGGUUGUGAGUCUGACACCACACAGACAGAUUCCGGACUUCAUCCCUAUAGGCAGACUCGUCUCCACCUGUGAUCAGCCCCACCACCGUGGUGUCAUCAACGAGGGAUCGAUGAGUGGCAGGGGAUAUUUGUUUUUAAUGGUGAUCUCAUUGAGUCCGCGGAAGUCGAUGCAGGGACGGAGAGAGGAAUCUUUUUUCUUCGCAAAGAAAAAAACAGCAGCAAGGGGAGAGGAUGAGGGCCGGAUGAGUCCAGAUGUCAAGGAGUCCUGGAUGUAUUCCUCCAUGGCCUCUCGGUCGGGCAGAGAGAGAUUGUACAGUCUGCUGCUGGGGAGAGGGGCGCCAGGGAGCAAAUCUAUGGCGCAGUCAUAUGGGCGAUGAGGAGGAAGGACGAGAGACUGCUCCUUACUGAAAACCAUGGCCAGAUCAUGGUAAACGGGGGAACAGAGGCAAGGGAUGGCGGUGGUGAUGCUGACCUCUGUCGGUGGAUGUAGGGAUUGGCGGAGCAGAGGCAAUGAGAGUGGCAGUGAGGACUCCAGGCGGAGAUUGAAGCUGUGGACCGGUUAAUUUGGGGGUUGUGGAUCUGCAGCCACAGGAGUCCAAGCACAAGGGGUGAGUGCGGAGAGGGAAGCAGGAACAACCUCACGAUGGUUUCCCGAGAGGAUGAGGGUGAGAGGAGUAGUGCAGUGGGUUAUGGUGGCUAUUAGGCCUGCACGAUAUAUCGUUUGAGCAUCGUCAUCGCGAUGUACGUGUGUGCGAUAGUCACAUCGCAGAGCCUGCGAUGUCGGAGGUGAAUGAACUCAGUUAAUUUCAAGGGUAGCUGACUGAGAUACACGGCAUGUGACUCUGCAUGUGCUGUGCAGCGAUCCACCAAUCGCCUUAGUCCUUAACUCAGUUGCCAAUCAGACUCAGUUCUCAGUUGCCAAUCAGACUACCCUGCCAACUGUCAAUCAAAAUCAGAGAGGAGGAAACCCACCCCUGCACAUGUCCUUCACAUGCAGUUAGUCGCUGGCUACCGGAGUUGAGCCGAGAAACGCGUGUCCGCUAAGAAUUACUUUCGGAACUUUACUCAUGACUGUUAAGCCCAACAAAUAAGAACUGUAUGGGUUUUAAAUUGUACAUUUCCGUGGACCACUCUACAAUAAGCGGUGCGCGUUUUGUGAGGUGCAUGCAAUUCUCGGAGGACAUGCGUUUCUCAGCACAACACCGUUAACAACAACAACAACAACAACGAUUGCAAACUGAGCAACAAACAGAAAAAACCACAGAAGAUGAAGAUUUGUUGCCCAAAAGAAAAGGAAAGUCAGUUAUCUGGAAUUAUUUCGGUUACAAGAUGGAUAAUGUCGACCAAAACACGUGUUCUGUGUUCAUCUGUUGCCACCAUAACAUCCCAGAACAAUAAAAGCAAUGUUAAUUUUUACCAAUAUCGUGCAGCCUUAGUGGCUAUAACCCUGUCAUCGAGAGCGGUGACCUUACGGGGGGCAGGGAGUGCCUCCAGGGGGAGCUGUAGCUGCGCUGCCAGUCCGGCGUGAAUAAAGUUGUCAUCCGCCCCGGAGUCAAUGAGGGUUUGGAGGGACGUGGUUUCUUUUCCCCAAAGGAGACAGGCAGGGACGGUGAUACGCCUGGGAGAGCUGGAGGUAGAAGAGGUGUGGCUGAUUUGCAUCGGUUCUCCGGCAGAGAGUGCCGGAGCCAGAGGAACUGAGGGCUGCAGAGAAGACCCGCUGACCGCGACAGAGGAUGGGGAGUCUAUGCUACGGGUAGGGGAAUUUAAUUUCUUCUCCCUCCGUCUCUCCCUGAGGCGAUUGUCUAACCUAAUGGCUAGAGUGAUUAGCUCCUUAAGUGAGGAGGGUUCAUCACGAACCGCUAGCUCAUCUUUAAGCUGUUCAGACAGACCACGAGAGAAUAUUCCCUUUAAUUCUAGUUCCCCCCACCCACUCUCGGCCGCCACUGUGCGGAACUCAAUAGAAAAUUCCGCCACAUACCGAGAGCCCUGGGUGAGGGAAAACAACCGUUUCCUGCAUUCGGGACCCUCGACAGGAUAAUCGAACACUUUGCGAAGUUCCUCAGUGAAUCUGGCGUAUGAGGACAACAUCGGUGAACCCUUAUCCCAAAUAGCAGUAGCCCACUUAGUGGCUUUGCCUCUCAGCAGGUUCACGGUGUAGGCUAUCUUGGACCAAUCCGAGGGAUAACUAAUUGGCUGUUGAUCAAACACUAAUGCAGAGUGGAGCAGGAAACCUCUGCAGCCCCCAAUCUCCCCAGCGUACGGCUCAGGAGGAGGGACAUAGGGCUCUUUAAUGCUAGGAGAGGGUGGAGAAAGUGGAGAGGGAACCGUACACACAGAGGGGGGAGACCCAUGCUGUGUCCGAAUUGCCUGCUCACAUACUACAUGCUACUGCUACAUACUACUGCUAGAGCCUACUCCUACAUACUAAACACGUUGGCCCAAUUCGGACACACUAGACGAGCGGUGGGGAAAGACGACCCCCGCAGGCAGAGAGUAGGUACUGCGCCCGUUUUAGACUCUUUGAAUGGUAAUUGUGCAAGUGAUGGAUGCUGCUGUAUUAUAUUCCUGCACUGCUUCAGAAAUUCACAAAGUAGCUUUUCCAUUACUUUUAGCCUUCAUUCACUCACAUGGUGAUCGUUUGUUCAAUGAGAUCUGCCUGAUUACUGCAGCUGUGCAGUUUAAUGAUGGAAUAAGUGAGCUUUACCUCCACGAUGUCGCCACAUAUUUGCUCAUAAAAUGAUUACUUGGGCAAAUAUGACACCAUGACAUGACAAAGAGAUACAACCGCACAUUUUUUAGGAUAGUGUGUGAAGUUACAUGAGACUUACAUCUGUACUGCUGCGGUCCCGCCUGCUGCUGCUGCUGCUGCUGCUCCGACAUGGUGCGCGCUGCUGUGGAGCAGCCGGCGUUCGCGACGCAUCUAAAUAGGCAGCAGCUGGUGGCGCUAGCAUCACAUGCGCAUCUGAAUCCCAUAUUGUUACUAGAACCUCGUAGCAGACUACAGAGACUUCAGGGGCUUGAAACCAUAGGCCGGAGCAUCGCAAACACUGGGUUUAGCUAAAGGCCUUAAAUACAAGCGUACGGCGACACAGCAAUUGCGCACUUAAAUAUUGGACAGUCUAGACAGAGCAGAAGAAGCAGUCUCACUGCUACUCUGAACAACGUUUCACGCUGUCCAGAUCAAACACAGACUACAGGCAUGUAGUACAAAAGUGUGUGAAACACAGAGCAUAAAGGUUUUAUGCAGUGCAAAGAGGAAGGAAGCUGGUGUGGCUCUCAACAGAUUUCUGUUCGAUGAGCAUGAGUCGCCCUAGCACAGAAAAAAGUGUGACGUUAAACACGUACUGUCUUUUUAUAAAGUGACACAUUUACAGUGACUUACAGAUGAAGAGUUGUUCCUGAUCGUGAUUGAACAGAGCAAACAGAAGCAGCGAUGAGUCUGACAGCAGCGAUGAGAGCAUAUGCUGUCUUCCUUCUCCUCAUACAAGGUAAUCUGUUUUUAUUUAUUUUCUUUACACUUUUAAACUCACUGGAAGUCGUUGUUUUGAACUGCAGACAAAAUAUGUCGUGUGUAAUGUUUUACUGUCUUUACAGCAUCAAAAAUUCACUCUUCCUGUAAACUUAAGUGCUUACAAGAUGUUCAGAAAGACGUCUUCCAGAAAAUAUUCAGCUUUAAGUGAACUGUUUGAUAUGAAACUGAUCGUUGUGCAAUCUUAGCUUCAGUCAGAGUCUACUGAUGAGUCUCAUUUUCAUGAUUUGAACAAGAAACACAACAUUAACACAACAUGCAAUCAUUUUUAUUGAUCUAAUACCAAUAACCGUCAGAUAUGAGUUCAAAUUAGUCAAUCUUUAUUUAUUCACUUAGCAAGUGUUAUCCAAGGACGCUCAACAAUGAAUCUAGUCCAGACCAGGCUCUGAUCAAAGACCUAAUGAAUAGGUGGGAUCAGACCUCAGUGUUUCCCUUAUAGUGCACCCAACAAGAUCCCAACCCAGAAAUUCAAGUCGUGGAUUAAUGUAUAUGUUAAAUUUUUAUUUUUAUCAAAUCAGCCUGUAAAAUAUAAUUUAAUUAGAUUAGAUUAGACAGAUUUAUUGGUCCCUGUGGGAAAAUUUGUCUUUACCGACUGUACAUUACAUAAGAAGACAAAAAUGCACAUCACAUAGGACAGACCUUAAGGAACAGACAACUAAUGACAAACACCCGGACAACAGCAGUCGGCAACAAGCAGCAAGGAGGCAACAGGACCGAUUAUUCACGGGGGCCGACUAUUCAGGGCAUCUAUAGCUGCAGGGACCAGGCUUUUCCUAAAGCAGGCCUUGCGAAACCUCAGGGUUCCGUACCUGCGCCCUGAGGGUAGGAGGUUGAAGUAUUUUUUGAGUGGGUGAGUGGCGUCUUGUGUUAUGGAGUUUGCUAUGCAUGUGAUGGAUGGACCCGUUGUUCAGUUCUGUGAGGUUGGGUGUGGGUAGACCAAUGAGUUUAGAUGCUGUAUUUGUAAUGCGUGUGAGUUUGGCCCAGUUGGUGACAGAAAGCCUGAUGAGGAAACAUGUAGAACAGUACAGAAGGAUGGGUUGGAUAAUACUUUGAUAUAGCAACAACAGGAGGUGUGGAGCAACACAUAGUCCUUUGAGUUUGCAGAUGACUGAUAGGCGUUGUUGACUUUUUUUGUAUGUCCGUGGUGUGCUGAUCAAAAAAUGAAAAUGAUGCAGCUUCUGGCUCAGCAGGUGUUUUUGUAUUGAGUUAAAGGCAGAGCUGAAGUCCACGAAGAGAAUCCUGGCUCAAUUUCAGACCUCCAAGCAGAGAGCAGGGACUAAUCAGUGAAAUCACCUGGUGGAGUUUUGGGUUGGAAAGAAAACCUGCAGCCUUUCAGCCCUCCAUGGCACAUGAUUGCCCACCCCUGGUUUAGAGAGAGUAGAGAGGGAGAGAUGGAAGGAAGUGAGAUGAAUGCAUGUAUAUAAAUCAGCUGGAAAGCAGACAGGUCCACAGCAGCGAUCCAGAGGAUGGGACCGGAUGAUUCAGAGUUAAUGACACAGACAGAGAGAGGAUGGACCCAAAUAUUGAGUCAUUCUUUGCAGAAAAUGGAAAUGUUCAAGCUAAAAUGUUAAAGAGUAAAACUUGCUCAUACAUUUAAAUUUGAGGGGUAUUAUUAGGUGGAUAGAUGUUCAGAAAAGUGACUUUUUUCAAAGUACUACAGAGGCUCUGAGGCUGAAACAUGCCGGAUGUUCAUGCUAAAAUGACUUUGAUGUGAACCCAAACUGCAGCUGUUAAUUUCCUCUGCUAAUUCCAGUGUUUCCUGUUGCUGAGCUCUAAAUAGUGAAUCUUGAGUCAGGAAGAGCCAAUAAUAACUGUGGUUACAUGUACAGUAAAACCCAAAACCAAGAGGAAGAAAUCCAUCUCAUUCAGGAACUUUUUCUAUGUCUUCAACUUCCCCAGAGGUCAGAUAUAAUCAGAGAAAAAAACAUAAUUAUCCUCCAUUUUUGUCUUUCUUCUGUCUGUUAUCUUCUUUUCACACUUGUUGCCCACACACACUCUCUCUCAGAAGUUUCCACUCACACCCUGCUGCAGCCUCACCACAGACAGGAAACCGACCAAGAAAACACGACUUCUCUCUGUUCAAGUCUGUUUUACAUACAAAGUGUUAGUCUCUAAAGGUUCUCACUGUACCUUCUCUAUGUUGUUCUGGUUCAGUGAAUUAAUAGCUGAGAUGGAAACAUUUGUGCACCUUUGUUUCUCUUUAAAGUAGACCUUAAAAACUUACAGAUUUCUAUUCCUUUUUUAUUAAUAUGUGCGUACAAAUGCAAACCCUUUCAGUCACUAUCAUUCCACUACUGUUGCAUUCUUUUUGAUUAUAGUCUGGCUCUCUGAUUGAGGGUCAGGGCCCAGGAGUUGUGCUUUAUAAAUGAGACCUAGGUCCUUCUCCAGAAACCUGAAGUCUGAAACACUCCCCAGACCGUUCCCAGUCAUGUAAACAGGAAGUGGAUCAGAAUUCUUCUUCCUUGGCUAAAGUAAAUGUACUCGGGGUAGGGCUGCAUAAUCGUCUCUCAAAACCAAACCACUGAAAACGAUGUAGUUCAUAUGCCAAGCUAGUAGGUGGCGCUGUAACGCUGCACAGGAAAUGCACAAAGACAGAAGAAGAGUACAGAGCAUGUGUAUAAAGGUUGUUUUGGCGCCAUAAAAGAGUUACUCUGUGUGUCACAUGAUCGUUUCCAGAGAUGCAGAUAGACAUCCACACGGAGAUGAAAUGGUCGUCGUUUACAGAUUUAUUCACUCUCUGACCCGUUUUCAAAAAGUACCGUUUACAGUCACCUGAAACGCCGAUACGACAAAAAACUUUAGCGUUUCCUCCUGAAUUAGUUUCCAUGGUGACGGGUUGAUACCGCCUUCAGACAGACUUUACAGCGGGGAGUGGUUUACUCUAGUGAUGCACGAUAUGAAAAUUUCAACCGAUACCGAUAACCGAUAAUUUUCUUCUUCUCAUGGCCGAUACCGAUACCGAUAACCGAUAAUUCAUAUUUUUACAUUUAUCAUAAUCUUCAUAUAAUCUGCAGUUUGUGCAGGAUGCAGCGAUUGAAAACUGAUAUUUUUGUUGCUCUGGCCUAUCUAGAACAACAAACUAAAGUUUUUGGCUCUUCAAAUGUGGUCAUUUGCUAUAAAUAACAAUAACAGAGCAAAAAGCAGAACUUCAUUUGAUCCCCUGAACUGUUCAACAGAACUGUAAACUGUAAAGGAGCUAUUAUGAGACGUUAGGAUUAGCAUGCUGACCGGACUAACAUCUGACGUCCAUAUGUCUGUGGUAAAACUCACGUGUAGUCCGUUCUUGUCGAUCAGGUUGUGAAUGUAUGUGGCGACAAUAUCAUAGAGUGCAGGAAGAGACACAUCCGAGAAGAAGCGGCGGCUUGGGAGAGUGUAACAUGGCUCAAAGUGUGCUAUGAACUUACGAAAACCCGGGUUCUCAACGACGGAAAAAGGCUGGUCGUCGACCGCUAUGAACUCCAUCACUUUGUCGUUAAUGGCUUUAGCCUUUUCGCUGUCUCUUGAGAAGCUUUUGCAGUUUUUAAACGCCCGCUGAAUGGGGACAUCGAUCCUCCGUAGUGUUGUUGUCUUAGCUUUAGUACCGCUAGCAGCUUCGGCGGCUGUCUCAUAUUCUUUUAAUACCGCUUCGCCGCGAUGGCGACUUUUCAGAUGAGCUAUCAGAUUCGUUGUGUUAAAACUUGACGUCUUCUUUCCUCCUCUCGGAAUCCUCGCUGAACAGGUUUUGCAUAUAGCAGCUGUUGUCAUCUUCUGCCACUGAGAAAAACGACCAUGCUGGUGAAGACAUUUUAUUAUCUGUCAGGUAGUGACGGGGUCAGGCUUGGGACCUGCGAGUAAGGCGCGAUAGACGACGUGACCAGCGCGUCUCGGACGGGCGGCUACUCCGCCUGCAAACGUUACUCGUAAUUUCAUUAAUAUAUCGGAUCUUUCUAUCGGAAAAAUGCACCUAUCGGACCGAUAAAAAAUGACGUAAUUUCCCCCCAAAUCGGCCGAUAUUUUAUCGGUCCGAUAAAUAUCGUGCAUCCCUAGUUUACUCUUCAUCUGAAACUGUGAAGUCGUACCAAUUCAACACGACUGACUCGCUCUUGUCCUAUUUAACCACGAAAUUAUCGCCUUCUUUUGCAAACGCCAUGUUUGUUUACACUGGUGUGUGUGGGAAUUGGGGAGCGCUCUGCAGAAUGGGGGAGGCUACGGUGGUAUGAAGGAGCAAGACAUGAAAGAGAGGAAAAUCAAUUUGAGGAUUUUAAUUUUUUAACAUCAUCAUAAUUAAAUAAUCCGAUUAUGAUUUAAAAUCGAUUAAUCAUGUAGCCCUAAUUCAGGAUCAGGCUGUACUGCUUGCACCAUGCUGACCUCUGAACCCUAUCCCUGUCUCUUCCAGAGACUGACCACAGCUCUGUUAUGUACAGGUUUGCUCAGAUUGUGGUUUCUGGUUGGUCAGAGUCGACCUUAAAAAGGAUUUUAGGCUGAUUACCAAACGUGAAACCCAAAACUGUUUGGAAUGAUGACAAAAUAAAUUACACAGAUUGGCUAAAACAUAAAAAUCUGCUGAAUCAGAUUAAUUUAAUUACAAUCUCCUGCAACAAAACAACCUGUUACAGUAAUCAUACCUUUAACAUUGGCAACUUCUCUAUGAACAACUCAGUUUCCUGCUGCUGUUUAUAAUCCAUGUGUCCUGGUGUGUUCUGUGUUUCAGUGGUUCAGAAUCAGGAUGGCUGGGGAGUGACUUACACCUCGAGUAAUAUCUGUGCCCCAAAAGGAUCUACAGUGGUCCUAAGAUGCUCCUAUGACCACCCGUCCACGAGAAAUGGACAACAGCUAACAGUCCAGGAAUCAUUCUGGUUUAAGGUGAAGUAUGGAGAACCUGCAGAUCUGACGACAGACUCUGAGUACAGAGGUCGUGUGACUUACAGUUGUCAAGAGAAGACCUGUAGUCUGACAAUCACAGACCUGAGACAGAGUGACUCAGCUGAGUACAGGUUCAGGUUCAUCACAAACCAACCUGGUGGGACAUAUACUGGUGAUCCUGGAGUCACUUUGACCGUCACAGGUGAGGUUUUUAUCCAUAUGAUAAUUAUAUGAAAUCCAGGAUAUAGUGCUGGUGGCAUUUCACAGCUGUGUUUUAAAUCGUACAUCCUCAUAUCAUCACCACUGCAAGUAUCAACACAUCAUCUUACACAUAGAACCGCAAUAUCAUCAUCAGCACCGCUGUCACCAUCUUUAACUCUAAACCACCAACUGCUGAGUCGUUCCCAAAGGGCCAAGUACCUUUCAUUGGCAGAGAGGGAGUGUAGACCCUAAUGAGGGAUUUUGGGUAGACAGGACCAUGAAAUAUGGUUUUGAAUGUGAUAUGAGCUGCAGUUUUAGUGGAGGGGCCUCACCUAAAGCCUGACUGAUUUAGAUCAAACUGCAGUCGUUGUUCAUGAGUUUAAAAACCAAAUUAAAGACUGUGCACUCAAGAACUUUAGACAGAAAAGGCAGAAGUGAAACUGGCCUGUAAUUGUCAACCUGGGCGGGGUUUUAUAAGCAAGUGUUUGAAGACUGAGGGGAGAAAAACAGAUGAAAGACAGGAGUGUGUGAUUUGGGUUAUUGUGGGAUGAGUGUAGGCGAGGAUGAGAGUGGUGCCACCUAGUGGAGGCUGCAGGCUGAGUUGAUCAAUCACAAAGAAUUUAUUUCUGAUGGUAGAAAUCUUCUCAGUGAAGUACGAGGUAAACAUAUCUGGAGUCAGCGAGGUGGUAGUGAUGAUACUUUUGUGUACAUCCAUGUGUUUGUCUACAGUGUCCUGUAAAAUAUCUAACUGUUCUCUCUUCAGGUCUCCAGGUGAGAAAAUAUUCUUCUUCUUCUACAUAUUGCUGGAGCAGUUGUCCUCAGCGUUCUCAGCUCUCCUACAUCUGGUACAAAAAUGGAGAGGAAAUUAAAGGAGAAACUUCACACUAUUAUUCAGACUACUUAAGCUCUUCAGACAGUUAUUCCUGUGCUUUACAAGGAUAUCCAGAUUUCCCCUCUCCUCCAUUCUGUGAGUUUAAUUUAAAAUCUGCCUGACAGCAUCUGAUGAUCGUGACUUCAAUCAUAACUGCUUAACAAUUAUGAUGAUCAAUGUCUUUCUUUCAUCUAGGUGUCAAUAAUGAUCGGUGUAACAGAGUGACCUACACUAAAAGGAAAAUCUGUGCCUUCAGAGGAUCAUCAGUGGAUAUUUCUUGUACUUACAGCAGUUAUUAUGGGAUCAAUUCAAAGUUCUGGUUCAGAUCUGGACCUCCUCAGGAUCAUCCUCAGGACCUAAAACAAGACUCCCGGUAUUCAGGCCGUGUUUCGGUUUCUGAACCAUGGGGAGGACGCUCCACUCUGAGGAUCUCUGACCUGAAAGAUACUGACUCAGCAGAAUAUCGAUUCAGAUUCACUUCAGGAGACUUUGAAUGGAGGAGCAGGUUACACGGUACAACUCUGACUGUCACAGGUACUUAUUAACACAAACUGACAGAAAUACACCGACACAGCACCUGUUGAUCUGUAGAUUUAGAUUUUUGGUUGAGCAAACCAUCUUUUUAGAGCAGCAGGACAGCAAACGGACAAACAGGAGAACUACAAAAUGCAAACAGUCCGUACCUAUUUGUUGUCAAGAUAUUGUUUACUUAAAAAAAAACAAAGUGAAGCUUUUUUCCACCUCUAAAUGAGCAGGUCAACACACCUUCCUGUGAAGAAUAAAUCCCAGAACUAAGUCAUGUUGUGCACACAGAUUUUUAAGUAUAUUUUCUUUGACUUUCAGGUUUUGCAACUGUCAAAAUAUUACCUGGCUUCAACCGUUGAUUACUAAACCAGAGACGCGGACAUUGUUUCUUGUUCUCAUGUGCAGCUUUACAGGUUCAGGUGAAGAAGAUAACAGCUAGCGGGACUUCCACUCAGGUAGAGCUGAGGUGUCUCAGCAGCUUCAGUCCGGCUGAUCCUCUUUCAUACGUCUGGUACAGUAAUGGACAGACUGUCUGGGAGGUGACGUCUUCUUCUUAUACAGCCUGGUUUCCUCUUGGAGUAGAAAUCUCCUGUGCUUUAGAAGGACGUGAAAGAUUCCACUCUCCACCAGUGUGUGAGUUUACCUUUACCACUGUCAGCACUGCACAACACUACUACAAUAAUUUGAGUCUAAGUACAAAACCCAAUUCCAUUGAAGUUGGAAAUUGUGAUAAACAUAAAUAUAAACAGAAUAUAAUGAUUUGCAAAUCCUUUUCAACUUAUAUUCAAUUGAAUACACUACAAAGACAUUUAAUGUUCAAACUCAUAAACUUUUUUUUUUUUUCAAAUAAAAAUUAAUUUUAGAAUUGACAAAGAAGUUGGUAAAGGUGCAAAAAAUACUGAGAAAUUUGAGGAACACUCAUCAUACACCAAUCUGGACCGUCCCACAGGUGAGCAGGUUAAUUGGAAACAGGUGGGCGUCAUGAUUGGGUAUAAAAGCAGCUUCCCCAAAAAUUCUCAGACAUUCACAAGAGAGGAUGGGGCGAGGUUCACCACUUUGUCAACAACUGCGUGAGCAAAUAGUCGAACAGUUUAAGAACAACGUUUUUCAAAAGUACAAUUGGAAAAAAUUUAAGGAUUUCAACAUCUAUGGUCCAAAAUAUCAUCAGAAGGUUCAGAGACUCUGGAGAAAUCACGGCACGUAAGCGGCACGACUGGGAACCAACAUUGAACGCCCGUGACCUUCGAUCCCUCAGGCGGCGCUGUAUCAAAAACCGACACCAAUGUGUAAAGGAUAUCACCACAUGGGCUCAGGAACACUUGAGAAAACCACCGUCAGUAAAUACAGUUCAUUGCUAAAUCUGUAAGUUAAAACCAUAGACUGUAUAUAAGAUGGACGCCGUGGUUCCGCCUUCCGCCUGUAUACGGAUUUGAAGCCAAAAAGCUCUCAGUAAUUCCGGGUUUUUCUCCACUUCCUUGAAACCAGAGCUGUGCAGUAGCGUUGUGCGCAUUCGGCCGCGCAGUCGCCGAGAGUCCCUGUGAUGACGCUCGGCUCAAACAGCGUAUUCCCCCGGGAGAGCUACACAAUCCCUGAAUGCCCAUAGGCUGUACCAGGUGUCAAUCAUAGAAAACAUGAACCCCCUAAUAACUUUUAAAAAUGGAGCUGUACAGAAAAAAGAGGACUUGAGCACAAACCAGUCUGACAGUAACUACAUGUCAACAUCACAACCAGGGGGGAGAAACAUUUAUAUUCUGUGUCAUUCAUUUAUAAAGUUUGUCCACAGCUCCAUAAGGAGGCGGGGUUUAUGACCUAUACUGCAGCCCGUCACCAGAGGGCGCUGUUCUCAGAGUGGCUUCACCCAGAGAGGAGGCAGACUCUGUCCAUCCUAUGUACAGUCUAUGGUUAAAACUCUACUAAGCAAAGAGAAAUCCAUUUAUCAACAACAUCCAGAAACGGCGCCGGCGGCUUCUCUGGGCCCAAGCUCGUCUAAGAUGGACUGAUGCAAAGUGGAAAAGUGUUCUGUGGUCUGACGAGUCCACAUUUCAGAUUGUUUUUGGAAAUAGUGGACGUCGUGUCCUCCGGGCCAAAGAGGAAAAGAACCAUCCGGACUGUUAUCGACGCAGAGUUCAAAAGCGUCUGUGAUGGUAUGGGGGUGCAUUAGUGCCCAAGGCAUGGGUAACUUACACAUCACAACUUACACAAUGUUGUGAAGGCAACAUUCAUGCUGAAAGGUACAUACAGGUUUGGGAGCAACAUAUGCUGCCAUCCAAGCAACGUCUUUUUCAUGGACGCCCUUCCUGCUUAUUUCAGCGAGACAACGCCACGCCACAUUCUGCACGUGUUCCAACAGCGUGGCUUCGUCGUAAAAGAGUGCGGGUACUCGACUGACCUGUCUGCAGUCCAGAUCUGUCUCCCAUUGAAAAUGUGUGGAGCAUUAUGAAGAAUAAAAUACGACAACGGAGACCCCGGACUGAUGAAGAACUGAAGCUGAACAUCAAGAAUGGGAAAGAAUUCCACCUUCAAAGCUCCAACAGUUCGUCUCCUCAGUUCACAAACGUUUACUGAGUUUGUUAAAAGGUGAUGGAACACAGAGGUAAACACGACCCUGUCCAACUACUUUGUCACGUGUUGCGGCCAUGAAACUCUGAGUUAAUUAUUUGCAAAAAAAAAAAAAAAAGUUUAUGAGUUUGAACAUUAAAUAUCGUCUUUGUAGUGAAUUCAACUGAAUAUGCAUUUCUGAUGGACUAUUAUCACUGACAGGAGUGAUGUGAAGGAGAGUCUGGAGAGUUGGAAAAAGUAAGAAAACUAAAGUUCGCAAAAUGAUAUAUAUCAAAGAGGAAACUCCCCUCAAAUUUAAGAUGUACUGAAUUUACCUUCCGGGAUCAGCAAAGUUCUUCUUCUAGUUUACUUACUUUUUCAAACUCUCCAGACUCUCCUUCACAUCACUCCUGUCAGUGAUAAUAGUCCGUCAGAAACACUGGUGGUAGUUUACCCAUAUCUCAUUCCGCUGCAAGAUUUCUUCUGGUGUUGUUAUUUUUUUGUGUUGUGGCUGUUUGCAUUCAUGUUUUUUUCUUUUGCAAAGCGUUUUGAAUUUGCAAAUUUCCUGACACUUCCUGGCCACCUUAAAAAAGGUCUCCUUAAAACAAACACUCAUAGGUGAUAAAAACUACUUCUCCAAGUAAUGCAAGUUGAAAUCUUCCUCAGAUGCUCCAAAGGAUCCUUCGGUGUCCUCUGACUCCUCUGCUGAGAUAAUGGAAGAGAGUUCAGUGACUCUGACCUGCAGCAGUGAUGCUAACCCAGUAGCUAACUUCACCUGGUACAAGAAGAACAAAGAUUCAGACUCUCAACCUUUCAGUAAAGGAGCUCAGCUGGUCUUCAGCUCCAUCCAGUCCUCUGACUCUGGAGAGUUUUACUGUGAAGCUGAGAACCAGCUGGGAAAGAGGAGAUCAGAGCCCUUCAUCCUCGAUGUGAAAUGUGAGUCAGAAAAGACCAAAAAUCUUCAUCUGUCCUGUCACUGCUGAAGACGUUAUUUCUGAUGAUUUCUGAUUUCUGCAGCUUUCACGCUCAACCGUCACAACAUUAGCUUACUGAGAGGCUGUGGGAAGUUUCUUUCAUACUGUGUUCACCAAUUGUAAUUCACCAAUAACACCUUUAAAGGACAAAAUAAGCUAAAACUGUCCACACAGGUGCCAGAAUUGACUCACCCUCAAAGCUUUGAGUUAAUUCAUGAAGACUCAGCCCUUUGUUACAGUCCUGUUAUUUCCACAUAGAUGCACAAGGUACUUUUUGAGAGACACCAUGUCACAGUAAGGUUUAAUGUUAGCCCACUGUGGAAAUAUAAGACACUCAGAGAACGUUCUCCAAGGGAAAGAUAAUUAAAGCCUGCUGCGAAAACAGCUGAUGCCUCAAAGUCCUGUUACCAAAGACUGAUGAACUUUUUGUUUUUGUGAUCCAGAUGCUCCAAAGGUUCCUUUGGUGUCCUCUGACUCCUCUGCUGAGAUAGUGGAAGAGAGUUCAGUGACUCUGACCUGCAGCAGUGAUGCUAACCCAGUAGCUAACUUCACCUGGUACAAGAAGAACAAAGAUUCAGACUCUCAACCUUUCAGUAAAGGAGCUCAGCUGGUCUUCAGCUCCAUCCAGUCCUCUGACUCUGGAGAGUUUUACUGUGAAGCUGAGAACCAGCUGGGAAAGAGGAGAUCAGAGCCCUUCAUCCUCGAUGUGAAAGUUAUGAAGUCACGUGAGUCAUAAAUGAUCAAAAAUCUUCAUCUGUCCUGUCUGCAGCUUUUAUACUCAAAAUUAACAGCUAGCUUCAUUCACUGAGCAUCUACACAGAGACUGUGUAGCACCUUUAGACUGAUCAGAAGAACACUACGACACCUACAAUCUCUCUAGGCCCUGCUGCUUUUCUUUGUGUUUUAGCAAAGUGAGAAUUCAGAUCUCAAGUUAACUGACUUCAAAACAAGAACACGACUAAAGUGUGAGAUACAUGAAAGUCAGAACAGGCAUGAUUCUCAGUCUAUUAAACAUAUUUGUUUUUAAUUCCAGGUCACUCAUUGACAACAAUGAAUAUCUUCAGGUUGAUUCUGGUGCUCUUGGUUCUGAUUCCUCUGUGUUUCCUGAUCCUGACAGUUUGGUAA